AGUCUGGAUGCCAAGUCUGGGGGUGAUGGAGCUGGGCAGGCAACUGUGUGGGAAGAUGAGGAAGUCGAGGAGGGCCGAGGGCCCCGUCACUGUGCCCAUGAGAGGUCUGGAGAUCCAUUUCUACCUACCAGAUACUCACCAGCUGGAGUUCCUCAAAGACAGCUUCACCGCUGAGGAACUGUGUGUGGAGGCCGCCAAAAGAUGCUGUAAGUACUGUUUCAACUCCUGCCAAGUGUGUGUGUGUUUGAGUGUGCGUGUGCGUGCGUGCCUAACUGCGAUCAUCCGUGUGUGUGUGUGUGUGUGUGUGUGUGUGUGCCUGCGGGAAUCCGUGUGUGUGAGUGUGUGCGUGCCUGCAUGCCAGAGCAUUGACUAGCCUAGGUACGAUUGGAUUGGGGGAAGUUUUCAGGAACAUUCUGAAGUUAUAUACUUCUAUCUUAAAGGUCUGUAUUUAUAUUUUUAUUUAUUUUAAAGGUCCUGAAUAGUCAUUCUGAAAAGUUCUCUCAUGGCUAACUACCAGGAAGUUUGAAAUAGGUUGAGUGGGCGGGGAGCUUGUAUUCAUGAGCUCGCCUUGACUGACAGCUCUUUGAAACACCAAUGUCAAGCAACUUGGAUGCAGUGAGCAGUGUUGCAGUAAAAUCCUCUCAAGCUAAUUUGGUGAUACUAAAAGCAACUCAAACAACAUUGAAAUUGCAUCAACAGUGCCCUCCAUAAUUAAUUAUUGGGACAGUGAAGCAUUUCUUCCUCUUUUGGCUCUAUAUUCCAAGAGUUUGGAUUUGAAAUCAAACAAUGACAAUGAAGUCCCCUGUAGCUCAGUUGGUAGAGCAUGGCGCUUGCAACGCCAGGGUUGUGGGUUCGUUUUCCACGGCGGGCCAGUAUGAAAAAUGUAUACACUCACUAACUGUAAGUCGCUCUGGAUAAGAGCGUCUGCUAAAUGACUAAAAUGUAAGUUAAAGUGAAGACGGUCAGCUUUAAAUUGAGGGUAUUGUCAUCCAUAUCGGGUGAACCGUUUAGAAAUGACAGACGUUUUUGUUCAUAGUCCCCCCAUUUUAGGGCAUCAAAAGUAUUGGGACAAAUUCACUUAUGUGUAUUAAAGUAGUAAAAAGUUAAGUAUUUGGUCCCAUAUUCAUAGCACACAAUGACUACAUCAAGCUUGUGACUCUACAAAUUUGUUGGAUGCAUUUACUGUUUUUGUUUUGGUUGUGUUUCAGAUUAUUUAGUGCCCAAUGGAAAUUAAUGGUCAAAUCAUGUAUUGUGUCACUUUUAUUGUAAGUAAGAAUAUAAUGUUUCUAAACCCUUCUACAUCAAUGUGGAUGCUACUACCAUGAUUACGGAUAAUCCUGAAUGAAUCGUAAAUAAUGAUGAGUGAGAAAGUUACAGACGCACAAAUAUCAUACCCCCCCAAAAAUGGCACCAUACAGUGAAAUGUUGGCACCAGUAGAGUAGCUACCUAGCUACUGUAUACCACGCCCCUCUGCAAAUACGCCUUCUCCGAUGUUGGUUACAAGGUGGUACUUAUUUAAAUUAGGUAAGAGAAUAUCAUGUUACCAUUGGUGUAUUAAAAUUAGAGUUAAGGUGAUGUCACCUUGUUCACUUAAUAAUGAAUCCAAGUGUUUGACAUGGGGUAGGGGACCAGUAACUUUAUGAUCAAACUUGAUCAAUGUAGAAUCUACAGUCAUUUUUCAUACUUUGGUCAUCAUACUUUGAUCUGGUUUCCUUCGAAUAUCAUCCAAUUUCAUGAAAAACAUGAUUGUGACUGUUCAUGACCUUUUUACAUUUGCUCAUUUAGAACUAAUUGGGGAUAAAUGAGACUUAACCUGUGUGGCAGAUCAGGGGGUUGGGUCAAGACGUUUACACAGAUCAGACACGAACAGAGUAUGAGUAGCUCAGUUUCAAGGGUGUUUAUUAAUAAAAUAAUCAAAAGAAAAGGUUAGUUCUCCCCCAUGAGACCCUCUUCAUGAUACCGUCUCCAACUACACGGACGUUACCUUACUUCCCCCAGUCCUCUCCCAUGUGCUGCCCUUCUGGCAGCUUUAUGGACAUUGCACAGCUGGUAAGCAAUCCGCCCUUAAUUACUCACCAGCUCCCAAUCAGCCACAAUUAGUCCUGUCCUGGGAGCCCAUCGAGACCUGGCACGUCCAGCAGAUGGAGCCACCGCCUCGUGAUGUAUACUCCAUCUGUUACCAGGCCUCGACGAGUCCCCCCCCCCCCCCCCCCCCCCCCCCCCCCCUUAGCUCACUUCACCGCCAGACACUCUUUCUCAACAAUUUUGUAUUUUUUUUCUCUCUGUAUCAGCUUUCGGCUGAUGUACAUGAUGGGGUGCUCCUCCCCAUCGUGUAUCUGGGACAGAACGGCCCCUAGUCCCGUAUCACAUGCAUCCGUCUGGACCACCAUCGGCACCUGGAAAUCGGGCGUUACGAGAAUCGGAUGGGAGCACAGGGCUUCCUUCAGACGGCUGAACGCCGCUUCUGUCUCGUCCAUCCAUUUCACUGUUUUCAGGAGGCGGGCCCUGGUUAGAUCGGUGAGGGGAGAAGCUAUAGCCGCAAAGUUGGGGAUAAACCGGCUAUAGUAUCCUGCCAGUCCCAGGAAGGACUUGACCUGUGUCUUGGUGCGUGGAACGGGCCAGUCACGUACCGCGUGAACCUUCCUCUCCUGGGGCUUGACGUUCCCCCGUCCAAUCAAAUACCCCAGGUACUCCAACUCCUCGAACACUAGCUUGCAUUUCUUGGGGUUUGCGGUCAACCCGGCUUGUCUGAGCGCGUCCAGCACCGCCUGGAGGCGCGUCAGGUGCUCCUCCCAACCUUGGCUGUGGAUGAUGAUAUCAUCCAGAUAGGCCGCUGUGUACUGCUGGUGGGGUCGAAGCACUCUGUUUAUCAGUCGCUGGAAUGUGGGCGGGGCUCCGUGGAGACCGAACGGGAGCACCCAGUACUGGUCUGGUGUUGAGAUCGCUGUUCUCUCCCGGGAGGAGGCUGCCAAUGGUACCUGCCAAUAUCCUUUAGUCAGGUCAAGGGUGCUGAUGUACCGGGCCUUUCCCAAUCGGUCGAUUAGCUCGUCCACCCUCGGCAUGGGGUAGGCGUCGAAUACGCUUAUGUCGUUCACACGCCGGAAAUCAUUACAGAAGCGGAGGCUACCGUCCGGUUUGGGCACCAACACGAUGGGGCUGCACCAUGCACUGUGGGACUCUUCAAUGACCCCUAUCCUCAGCAUAGCCUCCACUUCUUGUUUCACAGCCUUCCGUUGGGCCUCCGGAAUUCGAUACGGCCUCUUUCUUACUGUUUCCCCGGGCCGGGUACGGAUGUGGUGUUCAAUGAGGGUCGUGCGACCCGGCUUCUCGGAGAACACCGCCGUGUUCCGAUCGACCAGCUCCCGGAGCUCUUGCUUCUGGGCCGGGUCGAGGUCCUCACUGCUCGGGACCACCACUGGUACCGUUGGCAUCCGGGGUCCCGACCAUAACACGGCCAAGGCUGUCCUCUCGUGCCACCUCUUCAACAGGUUCACGUGUUGCCAGGAACUUACUUUCGGCCGUGGGGAUCAACACCAACACCCUGUCUCCCACCUGGAAUUCUCGGGGCUGGGCUCCCCGAUUGUAGACCUGGGCUUGGGCGCGUUGGGCCUUCUCCAUAUGUUCCCUCACGACUGGCCAUAUGGCAGUCAUCUGCUCCCGCAUCGUCUCCACGUGCUCUACCACGCUGCGUAAGGGGGUCGGUUGGGCUUCCCACAUCUCCUUGGCGAGGUCCAGUAGGCCAUGUGGCCUCCUCCCGUAGAGGAGUUCAAACAGGGAAAACCCAGUGGAGGAUUGGGGUACUUCUCGGAUUGAGAACAUUAGGUGGGGUAGCAGCUGGUCCCAGUGCUUCCCGUCCUGCUUGAUGACCUUCCGCAGCAUCUGUUUGAGCGUUUUGUUAAAGCGCUCGACUAGCCCAUCCGUCUGCGGGUGAAAAACGGAGGUCCAGACCCGUUACCGCGUCUUCUCCAUUCCCAGGUGCGCCCCAACAGUCCCUACGUACCGUCGGGGCAGCAACAAUACCUCUCGAAGUUCCCCCUGUUGGCGUGACACCUGAUCCAAAAGAUUAUUCUUAAUUUGGAAAUGGCUAAUUACUCACCAGCUCCCAAUCAGCCCCAAUUAGUCCUGUCCGGGGAGCCCGUCGAGACCUGGCACGUCCAGCCGAUGGAGCCACCGCCUCGUGAUGUAUACUCCAUCUGUUACCAGGCCUCGACGAGUCUCCCCCUGGUGGCUGACCUGCUGUACGCCACACCUGAUAGAGCCUAUCUGCCAACAGAGAAGUCCACUGUGCCACUGUUAGCUAGGAGACAGGAAGGAGAAAUACAGUAACUAAGAAAUAAAUGGCUUCAUAGUAGGAGAUGUUUCAUCUCUUUGUGUGUGCUGCUCAUUUGUGUCAUACAGUAGGGUCUAGACCAUAUGAAAUGGGAUCAGAAAAUGUUCCAAAGAUGUAAGCCUAUCUGUGUUACUUGUGGGUUUUGUUUUAUUGCCAACAAUCUAAUAUUUGUCAGUGGAUGCUCUUUAUUACUGCUGAAUCUCGAUGUUUAAGAUAAGAAACGCUAAAUCCUAAUAUAAGAAAUGCUUCUGAUGCUAGUAGUGACCAUAUGAACAGGCUAUUACAGUAACUGCAUUUCUGCUUCACCCUGCCAGAUAUAAGGCACACAAUACAGACAGAUUGAUAAAGCAGAUGUAACCCAGCUACUAUCCUGUACGAGAAAGGCCACUAACAUCCAGCAUCUGUUUUCUUACGGCUCUAAAAAUGCUUGUUUGGUAGCCUUCUUCUUUGACAGACACAUUUUGAACUAUAUUUAAAACUUUGUUCUGAUACUGGCUCUAAAAGUCCAAAACAUCUGCCAGUGUGACCGGGGAUGGAUAGAAAGGGAGAGAGAAAGAGAGAGGAAGAGAAAGGAGUGGGUCUGUCCGUCCGGCUCUUCCUUUCAGCCAGACACUCCAAGACAAGAUGCCGGCUGGUUGGGGUCGGGUCAGGAUGGGACAGGUUCUGUAAUUUCUUCCUUGUGUGAAGCCAAAAUGUCUCUUCCCAGGACUGCAGAGCGAGAGGGGAGACCAAGGAGGAGUUCAGACCAAGGAGGAGUUCAGCUCCACAGCUACCAUAGUCCAUACGCAAAUAUUCACUAGUUAACCUUAUAGGCUAAACAAGCAAAGCAGCUGCCAACAUAAAUGUAUGAUCUGUUUAGCGAGUGUUUCUGUGAAGGGCCUUUCUGUGUGUGGUCAGUGGUAGGUAGUUUGAUACACACACUCAGUCCCAACAAAACAAUAGAGCUCAGAAAAGAGGAAGUAUCCUGGCCCCAUCAUUUUCCUGUCUCUCACAAGGUUCCCUUUAUUGUUUGCAACAAUUAGAAAGGCUCAUCUGUAAAGGCUACAGUGGUAGCCAAUAGGAUAUGCAGUAGCAGUAGUAGUAGUAGCAGCAGCAGCAGUAGUAGUAGUAGUAGUAGUAGUAGUAGUAGUAACAUGAGCAUCAGCAGUAGUAGUAUUAGCAGUAGUACUAGUCGUAGUAGUAGUAGUAGUAGUAGUAGUAGUAGUAGCAGCAGCAGAAGUAGUAGUAGUAGUAGCAGCAGCAGUACAAUGUAAAUGUAGUAGGACAUUUACAUUUGUCAUUUAGCAGACACUCUUAUCCAGAGCGACUUACAAUUUUAGUGAGUGCAUACUGGCCCCCCGUGGGAAUCGAAUCCACAACCCUGGCGUUGCAAGCGCCAUGCUCUACCAACUGAGCUUCAGGAGGCCACUACUAGUAGUAGUAGUAGUAGUAGUAGUAGUAGUAGCAGUAGUAGCAGCAGCAGUAGUAGCAGUAGUAGCAGCAGUAAUAGUAGUAGUAGUAGUAGUAGCAUUAGCAGUAGUAGCAGGAGGAGUAGUAGUAGCAGCAGUAGUAGUAGUAGUAGUAGUAGUAGUAGUAGUAGCAGUAGUAGUAGUAGUAGCAGUAGUAGUAGUAGUAGUAGUAGCAGUAGUAGCAGCAGCAGCAGUAGCAGCAGCAGCAGUAGUAGUAGCAGUAGUAGCAGUAGUAGUAGCAGUAGUAGUAGUAGCAGCAGUAGCAGUAGUAGUAGUAGUAGUAGUAGCAGCAGUAGUAGUAGUAGUAGUAGUAGUAGUAGUAGCAGUAGCAGUAGUAGCAGCAGCAGUAGUAGCAGUUGCAGCAGUAGCAGUAGUAGCAGCAGCAGCAGUAGUAGUAGUAGUAGUAGUAGUAGUAGUAGUAGUAGUAGUAGUAGUAGUAGUAGCAGUAGUAGAGGCAGUAGUAGUAGAUGGAGUAACAUCCACAUAGUUCAUGCUUAGUGCAAUACAUUAAGAUAGAGUAACAUCCACAUAUUUUGAUCUGAAUUAUACCACUGGAGGCUUGAUUUAUGUUGGGGGAUUCCCUCUGUCUCUGUCCAACUCAGUGUGUUUUGCAGAACUAAUUUCCCACAGUUCAGUUCAGUGCACCACUCCCUUCCUUCCUGUCUCCUUGGCUGCCCUGUGAAUUCCUGACCAGAUGAAACCUGCUCUCCAACCUCUAACCACACAAAGACCCACUGUGACUGUGAAGAUGUACACCUAUUGGAGACAUGAACAUAGCUAGUAUCCAUAGCCAAGUCAUGCAAACGUCCAAUACGUUAUUAUUCCUAAUGCGACUUCACCUCUGUUCUGUUUUUCACACAAAAACUAUAGGCAUACAUGCAUGUAAUAAUAAUAUGCCAUUUCGCAGACGCUUUUAUCCAAAGCGACUUACAGUCAUGUGUGCAUACAUUUUUAGGUUUGGGUGGUCCCGGGGAUCGAACCCACUACCCUGGCGUUACAAGCGCCAUGCUCUACCAAUUGAGCUACAGAGGAUCACCUGUACUCUCUACUGCAGGGGUACUAUUUGAGAAGGUCCAGUCACACAAAUGUCCUAGGUUUUCGGGUGGAUAUUGUCAUUUAUCGGCGUAGUAACAAAACCGCACCUCGCACCCCAAACUGUUCACACCACUCAUGUUGGCGCGGAGAGAAAAUGUUGCCGUUUUAAAGCUAAUUUCCUGCCAUUCUACACAUUUUGCCAUGGGGGCGGAGAGAGCAUUUAGUAGUUUUAAAGCUAAUUUCCUGCAAUUCUACAAAUUUUGCAAUGUCUUAUGUGUUUAUAUGAUACCUGAGCGACUCAACAAAAUCAAUGGGGGCCCCCUGGGUGUCGAGGCCCCUGGGCACAUAAUCUGGCCAUGAUAACUACUAUUCUACAAGACUUAGUUAGAUAGGUUAGACUAGCAUUACUACCUAGCUGACAUGGGCUAGUUGAUCAACUGGACAUUUCUGGCAGUUUAUAAAUAGCUCUCUAAGGUCUGUCAGUGAAUGAAAUAGGCUAACAAGAGGAAAACUGCCCAUGCGCUACCAAAUGUUGAAAUUGCACCUUGUGCAUUCUAUUAUUACAACUCUCAACAGAAGUAAAUUGAAAGCCCAAUUGAGUCCCCCCCCCCCCCCAAAAAAAAAAGGACUCUGUAUUGACUCUGUUCUGGAUCGGGUACUGUAUGUUAUAGGGAUGGGCGAUAAUGGCUUUAAAAUCAUACCUCUAUUUAUUUAUUUAUUUUUUACUUCUGGACGAUUCAGGAUAUAUAUCUACAUUUUUUCAAAAACAUUUUCUCUAAAUAAGCUUUGUUUCAUAAUUAAAGGUCAAUACACUGCAUUUCAAACAGUUAGGAAUCAUGUAAUGAAUGCAGGCCUUGUAAAAUUAUACCUAGGCUAAAUAUAAGCCUUCCACAACCAUAAGACCCACUAAUAAUUGUAUUAUUUGAUCAAAAUAGUUUAAUGUGCUUUUUUGACAAUAAUCACUGAUCUAGCUUUCAAGUCUGUUUAUGAAAAUGCCAUUUUUGUUACAAAUUUAACCAAAACCAUGCACAUCCACUAAUAGGCCUAAUGACUAACUUCUUGUAGUAUACAUUAUGGAAAAUUUACACAGGUCUCAUAAACAAUCUCUCAUGCACAAGCCCACAUGCUAGUGAGUAGCCAGCUAAUCUUUAUUUAGUCUAACCAACUUGGAUCUAUUUGUUUGCUAAAAAGGUAGAACUGUUUAACUGAUAUGAACACACCCUUCUGUCUCCAACUGUUUGAACAACAUAGCCUGUUCACUUUGUUUAUUGUGACGGAUCAGGUUGUCCGAAACACCCUAACACAGGCGGGAGGAAUGAAAUGAACAGACUGGAGGCAGUGGUUGUGGUUCCUUUUCUUUUGUAUUGUCAAUAAACAGGUUUUCUUUCACCCAACAAAACGAUUCCAGUACAGGAAACAACAGCGAAAGAAAAUGAAUAAAAAAUAAACUAAGCAGUUGACCAAAAGGCCAGGCCGUGGCCAAAAAGGGAAAACAAAACAACAAAAGGCUUCACCCAUCUUUAGGCUAUUGUCUACACAUAAUAUUUACAGGUGGAACGCUUCUCUCUACCUAUAGCCUGCCUUGUUUAACAGAGAGACAAGGUGCAUCAGAUGAAGAAGCUUUAUCUGCGGUAGGAAAGUACGACAUCCUCACAGGUCCCCGUGUCUGCUCCCAGCCCCGAGCUCAUCUCCUGGCACACCUAUGUAGAGGGAGACACCACGCAAUUAGUGGGCCCAGCUGUGUACUAAUUGGCUUAACACUGAGUAGGGUGCUGUCGUGUCGUCUUCCUCCGGCCGGUCACUGAACUCUCACAUGCCUUCCCUCCCAAGAGCGACCCAGAGGGGUGUGCGCCAGACGAGACCUCCGGGUCUCGACAGGAUAGUGCUUUUGCAUUGCCGUGUGCUCUCCCCGAUCGGUGAACCACCUGGAAGUUAAAGGGUUGGAGUGACAGGAAUCUGUUAUUCGGCAGUUCGUGUCUCGCUUACCCGCCAUCCACUGGAGGGGCGCAUGAUCUGUGACCAGUCGGAAUCGUCUCCCCAGGAGAUAGUACCUCAGGUAUUCCAGGGCCCACUUAAUUGCCAGUGCCUCCCUCUCUAUCGUCGCGUACAUCCUCUCCCUGUCGGACAGCUUGCAGCUUAUGUAUAGGAUGGGACUUUCCUCCAGCCCCGUCCCCUUGAGACAGAACAGCCCCCAAGCCGGUGCUGGAGGCGUCGGUGUGGAUGGUGAAGGGCUGCUGGAAAUCUGAGGCUCUCAACACCGGCUCCGAGCACAGCGUGUCUUUGAGGUGGAGGAACGCCCCCUCGGCUUCAGAUGUCCAUACCACCCUCACCAGGUUCCACUUCUUUGUCAUGUUGGUCAGUGGGGUGGCGAUGGUGGAGUAGCUUGGGAUGAACCGCCUGUAGUAACCCGUUAGGCCCAGAAAUGAGCGGACCCCCUUCUUGUCCUUGGGCCGCGGCCACUCCUGGAUGGCCCUGGUCUUCUCCACCUGGGGUUUGAUCAGACCGCUUCCGAUGGUGUAGCCAAGGUUUUCAGCCUCGUUCAGUCCCAGGUGGCACUUCUUCGGGUUGGUUGUCAGGCCGGCCGCCUCCAGGCUGGCCAGCACAUGGUGCAGCUGGCGGAGGUGGUCCUCCCAGUCCUCACUGUGUAUUACCACGUCAUCAAUAUUGGUGGCGGCGAAGGACUGAUGAGGACGUAACAGCGUGUCCAUAAGCCUCUGGAAGAUGGUGGCCGCUCUCCGUGCAAGCCGAAGGGGAGGCGGACGUACUGAAAUAGCCCAUUCGGGGUGGCAAAGGCGGUUUUGUGGCAGUCUUCGGGGGCCAGAGGCACCUGCCAGUACCCCUUGGUGAGGACGAGGGCCGAUAUAUAGCGGGCUUUCCCAAGCUCAUUGACCCUCGGCAUGGGGUAGGUGUCGAACCUGGAGAUGGCGUUGAGGGCUCUGAAAUCGUUGUAGAAGCGAAUAGACCCAUCGGGUUUAGGCACCAGCAUGAUAGUGCUGGACCAUUCGCUGGUGGACGGCUCGACGACCACCAUCUUCAACAUCUCCCUCACCUCUUUCCGUGCCAUCUCCCGACGUGCCUCUGGUACCCUGUAGGGUCGGAGAUGUACCUUCUUCCCUGGCUCCGUGGCUAUGCGAUGACAGAGCAAGGAGGUCUGCCCCGGAAGGGGGGAGAAUACCCGUUGGUUCUGUUGGACAACCUUUUCAAGGUCUCGCGUCUGCUGAGCCGUUUCUGGCGGACGUUCCUCUUCGUCUGCCUUAAGUCCCAUCAGCACCUGUGUCUCUCGUUCCAAGUAGGCUUUCAACAGGUUGAUGUGGUAUAUCUGCUGAGGGCGCCGUCGUCCUGGCUGACUCAACCUGUAGUUGACCGGGGAGGCUUGCUCUGUCACCACAUAUGGGCCCUGCCACUGAGCCAGGAGCCUGUGUUCCGGCAUGGGGACGAGGAGAAGUACCUUAUCUCCUGGGCGGAACUGUCACGGCUGGGCCGUUCUAUUGUAAGCCCGGGUUAAAAAAUAAUAAUAAUAAUAUUAUUUUUAUAAUAUUUUUUUGUGUGUUUUAUUAUUUUUAUUUUAAUUUUAUUUUUUUAUUUUUUUUGGGGGGGGGGGGAAUGGAUCAAUCCCCCAUGUAUUUUUUUAAAAUAUAUAUAUACUCCCCUUUAUUACUUUUCAACCCCACCAUCCUUUCCCUACUUGGAGUAAAUUAGUGAACAACAAUGCCCAGGCCUCUACUUCCGGUCUAUACUUACUAUCUACACCUUAUGGACAGAGUUAAUUUUACAAUAAUUAUAUUAUAUAUAUAUAUAUAUAUAUAUAUAUAUAUAUAUAUAUAUAUAUAUAUAUAUAUAUAUAUAUAUAUAUAUAUAUUAUUUAUUUUUUGCUCCUGAACUUCUUCUACUCUCAACCUCUCCGAUCAUUUUCAUGAUGUCCAUCCGGUUUGCUUCUAUAUGCCAUAUCUUUCUAACUGUGCUCUUUCCCAAAAGCUCCCAACAUACAACCUAUAUACUUAUUAUGGACACAGUAUGCUUACAUUAUUAGCUAUCUUUGUUAUUAUUUGUUGUUAUUUGUUAUUAGUCCCAUCCUUCAACUCUAUUCAAUACCUCCCAUCUAUCUCUUAACACCAUCCAUAUAGGAUUUCUAUUUGCCAUAUAUAUUUCAACCGUACUGUGAUGUUUUACAAAAGUUCUGAACCUUUCUAUUCUCAUUGCUUCUACAGAUUGUGAAUUAAAAAUAAACAUUUUUGCUAAAAGUAUUAUUAUAUUAUUGAUUGAUUGACUAUGACUUUUCAGAUCACCCAGUAAUGCUAUCUGCAAGGUUAGUUCCAGGUAAAUAUUGCAAUCCUUUAGCCAUUCCUGGACCUGUGUCCAAAAACAAGCUACAAAUGGACAGAACCAAAACAAAUGAUCUAAUGAUUCUGUCUCUUCACAGCAAAAUCUGCAGAGCUGGGAAGAUUGUAUCCCCCAUAUAAAUAACAUUCUAUUGGUAGCAAGAAUUUUAUAUAAUAAUUUAAAUUGAAAGAUUCUAAUUUUUGAAUCCGGUGUCGUUUUGCGUGUCAGUUCAUAAACACUAUGCCAUGGGAUCGGUACGUCAAAGAUCUCUUCCCAACUAUUUUGCAAUCUAUAUGGGACGGCUGUCAAUCCUUUGGUCCUUAAGUGAAACUGAUAUACUUUUUUAUUUAUCACAGUUUUCCUUAACCAAUUAUGUUUUUUAAUGCAAGGCCGACAGACAAGUUCCUUACUUUCUCCCCCUUCCACUUUCCUCUUCCACUUUUGCGGUAAGGCUGCAAUUAUUUGGUUGUAAUUUUGGGUAGAGCAGACAUUUCCAUAUGUUUUUGUUAGCUGCAUGUGCGACAUAACUCCACCAGUCCUACCGAUGAUAUCAUUUACGAAGAUUAUACCUUUUUUAAACAUUCUGUCAAAAAAUAAAGGUUUUUUGUCAAUUAGUAUAUUUGAAUUUAACCACAAUAUUUGUUGCAUUAUUUGUUCUGUCGUUUCUGGAGGAUUAAAUUAAAAUUGCAACCAACUUUCUAUGGCUUGUUUUAGAAAUAGUGACAUUUGGGAGAUUAUUUCCUUUUCAAAUAACUGAAAGUGAGAGGUUGUAAUCUGAAUAAAGGGAAAAAGGCCUUUCUUGAACAUUGGGUGAGACAAUCUUACUAAUUUGCUUGAGAACCAGUUUGGAUUUAAGUAUAACUUUUGUAUGACUGAAGAUUUUAGUGAUAGGUCUAAUGCUUUAAUAUUUAAUAAUUUAUGUCCUCCGAAUUCAUAUUCAUUAUAUAAAUAUGCUCUUUUAAUUUUGUCUGGCUUGCCGUUCCAAAUAAAAUUGAAUAUUUUUUUCUCAUAUAAUAAAAAAAAACUGUUUGCUAGGCAUAGGCAAGACCAUAAGCAAAUAGGUAAACUGGGAUAAUACUAAAGAGUUAAUCAGGGUGAUGUUUCCACAAAUUGACAGGUAUUUUCCUUUCCAUGAUAGUAAGAUCUUAUCUAUUUUUGCUAACUUUCUAUUAAAAUUUAUUGAAGUGAGAUCAUUUAUUUCCUUUGGGAUAUGUAUUCCGAGUAUAUCCACAUCACCAUCAGACCAUUUUAUUGGUAAACUACAUGGUAAUGUAAAAAUUGUAUUUUUUAGUGAUCCAAUACGUAAUAUAGUACAUUUGUCAUAAUUUGGUUGUAAUCCAGAGAGGUUAGAAAAUGUAUCUAGAUCCUCCAUGAGGCUGUGGAGGGAUUCUAGUUGUGGAUCUAAAAGAAAACAUGAAUCAUCUGCGUACAAUGACACCUUUUUGUUUUUAAGCCCUGUAUUUCUAAUCCUCUGAUAUUAUUAUUGGAUCUGAUUUUAAUAGCUAACAUCUCGAUGGCCACAAUAAAUCGAUAUGCCGAUAGUGGACAACCUUGUUUCACUCCUCUUGACAGUUUAAAACUUUCUGAGAAAUAGCCAUUAUUUACUAUUUUACACCUAGGGUUACUAUACAUGAUUUUGACCCAUUUUAUAAGAGAUUCUCCAAAAUCGAAAUGCUCCAGGCAUUUAUAUAUAAACCCCAGUCGAACUUUAUCAAAUGCCUUUUCGAAGUCUGCUAUGAAUAGCAGGCCUGGUUUCCCAUAUUUUCCAUAGUGUUCUAUUGUUUCCAAUACUUGCCUUAUAUUAUCUCCAAUGUAUCUUCCAUGUAAAAAACCUGUCUGAUUUGAAUGAAUAAUAUCCGACAAUACCUUUUUAAUUCUAUACGCUAUACAUUUUGCUAGGAUUUUUGCAUCACAACACUGAAGUGUAAGGGGCCUCCAAUUUUGUAAAUGGACUGGAUCUUUAUAUUUUCCACUUGUAUCCUGUUUCAGUAAUAAUGAGAUCAGACCUUCUUCUUGAGUGUCAGAUAAUCUACCAUUUACAUAGGAGUGGUUAAAACAUGCUAAUAACGGUCCUCUUAGUAUAUCAAAAAAGGUUUGGUAUACCUCGACUGGUAUGCCAUCCAACCCUGGAGUUUUCCCGGACUUAAAGUCUUUAAUUGCAUCCAGAAGUUCCUCCUCUGUAAUUUCACCUUCACAUGAGUCUUUCUGUGUGGCUGUUAAUUUGACAUUAUCAAUAGAAAAAAAAUCUCUACAAUUAGCUUCAGUUAGAGGAGAUGGAGGCGACUGAAAAGAAAACAUAUGCUUAAAGUACUUUGUUUCUUCCUUCAAAAUAUCAUUUGGUGAAUUAUGGGUGACUCCGUCAAUUGUAACCAGUUUCAUUAAGUUCUUUUUGGUAGCAUUCCUAUGUUGAAGAUUAAAAAAGAAUUUUGUGCAUUUUUCCCCAUAUUCCAUCCAAUUUGCUUUAUUUUUAUAAUAUAUUACACUUGAUCUUUCUUGAAUAAGUUUCUCCAUUUCUUUUUGUUUUUCCUCUAAUUUAUUCUGAGCCUCUAUGUUACAGUUUUUAUUGCCAUCUAUCUGUUCUGUUAGACUUUCUAUUUCCUUUCUUAGUAUAAACUCUUUUGACCUAAAUUGCUUUUGUUUUCGAGAUGAGUACUGAAUUGCAUGGCCUCUAAAGGCACAUUUAAAGGUGUCCCAUACAAUAAGGGGAUUCGCUGUACCUAUGUUAUGUUGGAAAAAGUCAGUUAUAAAUUCCUUUGUUCUAAUUAUAAAUAAAUUAUCAUCCAAUAGGCUUUGAUUAAAUUUCCAAUAUCCUCGCCCACGUGGAAAUUCAGUAAGAGUAAUGUAUAUGCCUAUUAUAUGAUGGUCCGACCGCAUUCUGUCCCCUAUCAACACUUUUUUUACUUUUGGUGCCAACGAGAAUGAGAUAAGAAAGAAGUCAAGACGACUAGCUUGAUUCAGUCUCCGCCAUGUUAUAUCUCACUAGAUCAGUAUAUUUAAGCCUCCAUAUAUCUACUAGUUCUAAUGUAUCCAUGACAUUCACAAUUUCCUUAAGAGCAUGUGGGUGAUUGUUUGUGGUGUGAUUUCCUUUACGGUCCAUUGAGCUAUUUAAAACAGUAUUAUAAUCCCCCACCAUAAUAAUAUUGUCUUGAAUUGUUGUGGUUUAUGGUCCAAUAACAUAUUUAAAAUAAUCCAUCUACCUUGCGUAUCUAUUUGGACAAUUUGCACAUUCGGAUCAGAAUUACUAUUAAUUAAUAUCAUCACCCCUUUUGAAUUUCUUUGCCCAUGGGAGAAGUAUAUUCCCCCCCCCCCCCAUUCUUUUUUCCACGCUACUUCAUCUCGAAUUGUUGAAUGAGUUUCCUGUAUACAAUAGAUAUUAUAUUCCUUCUCUUUGAGCCAUGUAAAUAUUGUUCUUCUUUUGUUUUUAUCAGCUAAGCCAUUACAAUUAUAACUGGCUAUACUUAUUUCACCAUACACCAUAAUGAGAUACAAGUUUCAAGUCUAUUUAUCAUUAUAUAUGUUUGUAAAUUUACCAAUAAAAAAUAGCGCGGGCUUGGUUUUCCUGUGCUUUGGCCAUGUUCUCUCACCACCGGCCAUAUCGCUGCCAUUCGGUCUUUUAUGAAUGUGAUGUGUUCGAUGAGGGAACGGUACGGGCAGGGUUGGUUCUCCCAGGCCUCAAGGAAGCCGCGACAGGGCCGCCCAUAGAGAGGAUCGAAAGGCGAGAAGCCAGUUGAUGCCUGGGAAACCUCCUGGAGCGCGAACAUGAGGUGCGGCAACAACAUAUCCCAAUUUGUCCUGUCACGGUCCACCACCCUGCGUAGCAUGCUUUUGAUGGUUUUAUUCAGCUGUUCACACAGCCCGUCCGUCUGGGGGUGGUACACACUGGUACUUAUUUGUUUGACCCGGUAUAACUGACACAGGUCCUUCAUCAGUCUGGACAUGAACGGCGUGCCCUGGUUGGUCAGGAUGGUGGCCGGGAGUCCCACUCGGGAGAACAUGAUAUACAGUUAUUUUGCUAUGGCUUUCGUUGUCAUCGACCUCAGUGGAACUUCGUUGCAUAGUCCACCACCACCAAGAUGUACUCAUGCCCGCGCGCCGAAUGCGGCAGGGUUCCCACCAGGUCCAUGGCUAUGCACUCAAACGGGGUCUCUAUAAGUUGGUAGAGCUGGCCCCUCGGUGACUCCUCUUCGUUGUACUUCCAGGCAUGAAACCUUUGGGCCCGGUCUCUGGGGUUCAGUUGAUAGCGAGACUGAAUCUCCGCCUUCAGACGUUCGGCAGCCCCUUCCUCAAUGUCAUAGUACGCCGCCUGUGCUUUGCCUGUGAGCAGGGGAGCCAGGAGGCCCGCCCAGUCAUCCUGAGGCCAUCUCUCUCUGCUCCGUUCGUUCGAAGGCCAGAAGAUAGGCCUCCACAUCGUAGUCCUCCGACAGCGCGCUGACGUUGGGCCUCCUACGAUCCCUGGGAGACGGGCGGUCUGCUAGUUCGGACCUGAGGAGGUCUAGGGUCUCCUGUUGGGUGAUGGCGCAGGCCGUUAGCUGACGUAGCAACUCUUCGCUCAUGCCUAUCAGUGGGUGUAGUGGGCUUCCGAAAAAUAAAAAUAAUCACAGCCACCGGAAAGGGGAUUGAUUCUGGUCUUGCCUCAAGGUGCCCGCAUUCUCCACCAGUUGUGACGGAUCAGCUUGUCCGAAACACCUUAACACAGGCGGGAGGAAUGACAUGAACAGACUGGAGGCAGUGGUUGUGGUUCCUUUUCUUUUGUAUUGUCAAUAAACAGGUUUUCUUUCACCCAACAAAACAAUUCCAGUACAGGGUAGCGUCCAAUACUGAAACAACAGUGAAAGAAAAGGAAUAUAAAAUAAACUAAGCAGUUGACCAAAAGGCUGUGGCCAAAAAGGGAAAACAAAACAACAAAAGGCUUCACCCGUCUUUAGGCUAUUGUCUACACAUAAUAUUUACAGGUGGAACGCUUCUCUCUACCUAUAGCCUGCCUUGUUUAACAGAGAGACAAGGUGCAUCAGAUGAAGAAGCUUUAUCUGCGGUAGGAAAGUACGACAUCCUCACAGGUCCCCGUGUCUGCUCCCAGCCCCGAGCUCAUCUCCUGGCACACCUAUAUAGAGGGAGACUACGCAGUUAGUGGGCCCAGCUGUGUACUAAUUGGCUUUACAAUCAGUACCUAUCCCCUGAGGAGGGUGCUGUCAUGUCGUCUUCCUCCGGCAGGUCACUGAACUCUCACAUUAGAUAUUGAAAUCCAUUGCCUACCUGGAUAAGAAGAUGCUUAUUUCUCAGAAUGAGAACGAGUUGCCAAUUCCUUAUAUAAAUGUGUCUUUUUAUGCUCAUUACACAUUUAUAAAACACAGACUAGACAGCUAGCACAUAACAGUAUGUGAAUAAAAUGCUGCUAGCGGUACUUGGUAAAUUAAAUUAAAAGCCAGACAGAAACUGAGCAUUCAUUUUCCACAAUCAUGUUCAUUGAUGCUCUCGUUUUAGUAGUGUAUGCUCUGUUCUACAUUUUGGGAGUUAGAAAGGUUAAGUUCUUGUCUAUUACAAUAAAAUAAUGUCUCUGUAGGAACGUGGGUAGGAGAUGAGACCAAAAAUACAUAGAACGCUCUUACUUUUUUGGGGUAUAAAAUCAAAACUUGAUUCUUGCGAUACAAGCCCUAGUAUGUUAUGCUAUUUAUACAAUGACUCCUGUAUGAACUUUGUGGUACUGACCAGUCAGUGUCUGUUAUACCUUAUACCGAACCUGAUUGUUCAAACUUUUACCUAAAUGUAAGAUGCUCUCUGGAAAGUGGGGUAAUGUGGCCAAGGAUGGGGGGGCGUUUUUGAUAUAUAUUCCUUGCGAUCCUCUGGCUCUGAGGUCUGGGGACUAGGUCUCUGGGUGCGCUCUGAGAGUCGAGAGAGCUCGCUCGGUACUAGAUCUUCUUCUCUCGAGGGUAGAUAUCCGAGAUAUAUUCUGUUUACAUCACUAUAUUGUCUAUAUUCUGUCUUCUCAUAGCUAACAUCUCUAUAUGAUCUCUCUAUGUUCUGGGUCUCUCUAUCUCCCUCAUCUUAUCUCUCUCUCUCUCUCUCUCGCUCUCUUCUCUUCUUCUCGUCUCUCUCUCGAUCUCUCUCUUCUCUCUCUCUCUCUUCUCUCUCUCUCUCUCUCUCUCUCUCUCUCUCUCAGAUAUAUCCCCCCUGUGCUAUAGUCUGUUUGGUCUGUAUGAUGAGAACAAACGGCUGUGGUACGCUCCCAACCACGUCAUCAAGGUUACUGACGAGACCUGCAUCAAGCUGCGCUACCGCAUGAGGUACUUAGACAGGCCUACUGCACUGUGUGUGUUAUUACAUUAUCAAAUCAUUCUAAUGCAUUAUGAAUAUCUCACUGACGCCAUUCACCAGACGUCAAUACACCUCCCAUUGUUACUAACUUAGUUAUCCACCGCUGUUACCUGCUGUUUUUGCCACUGUGAGCUCUCGUCACUGCCUGUCACUAUGUUAAAGAUUAUUCAACAGGACUGUUACUUAACCAUCAUUCAUCAACCAUGAUUCAAUGUAACAUGAACGUUGUCAUGCAGGUAGGGUGUAUGGCACAUUGGCACCAUGCUGUGCAGAGUAGACUGGCACUUGCUGAGCUGGUAAAGUAGUCUACAUCAGAUAAGAUUAGAAUACAGCAGUAUGUAAUUAAGUAAGAUUUACUUGUGAACUGUUUUUACAAUUCACAUGUAAACAUGGAUACAAGGCAGGACGAAAUCCAAUGCUUAAAGUAUCAAGUGGAUGUGUUUGUUUGGCACACCUGAGGGCAUUAAAACAGGAGAUAUUCAGUUGCCUUGCCAGUUUCGUUGUGUAUGAUCCAAGAGAAACUGUUAACUCAGAGAGGAAGUAUAGCAAACAUGUGGUGUCACGCAGACUUCCUCUUUCUGCCCUCUCACUAGAAAAUAGAGAGAGAGGAAGAGGGGUAGAUGUGGUCAGAGCCUAAAUGAGCAGGCCUAUUGUUGAGUUGAAUUUGCGUCAUACAGCCAGGGUACACUUGGUCAACCAGCAGAUUAUGGCCAACCUUUGUACACAAAAACAAACAAAUGCGUAUACUUACUGUAAAUAUGUGGAUGCACACACCUCACCCACCUACCGAGUCCCGACCAUGUCUUGGUAUUAACAUUGUCCUGUCUCUUCUCUCCCACCCAUCAGGUUUUACUUCACUAACUGGCAUGGUACCAGUGAGCAUGAGUCUCCAGUGUGGAGACACUGUAUCAGUAAGCUGAGGGGAGGUCUCAGCCCACAGAGGGUCCCUGAAGGUACACCCCUACUGGACGCGGCCUCCCUCGACUACCUGUUCGCCCAGGUACGUAUGUGUGUGUUUAUGUUUGUGUGUCUGUGGACACUGUGCAGGUAAAAAUGCUAUUUGUCACAUAUGCCAACUACAACAGGUGUAGAAUUUACUGUGAGAUAAAAAUUAUAACAGAAGAAUGAAGCAAUAGGGAGAACCAGUACCAGGUCAAUGUGCAGCUAUAUACAGGGAAUACCAGUACCAGGUCAAUGUGCAGCUAUAUACUGGGAGUACCAGUACCAGGCCAAUGUGGAGCUAUAUACAGGGAGUACCAGUACCAGAUCAAUGUGCAGCUAUAUACAGGGAAUACCAGUACCAGGUUAAUGUGCAGCUAUAUACAGGGAGUACCAGUACCAGAUCAAUGUGCAGCUAUAUACAGGGAGUACCAGUACCAGGUCAAUGUGCAGCUAUAUACAGGGAGUACCAGUACCAGAUCAAUAUGCAGCUAUAUACAGGGAGUACCAGUACCAGAUCAAUGUGCAGCUAUAUACAGGGAGUACCAGUACCAGGCCAAUGUGGAGCUAUAUACAGGGAGUACCAGUACCAGAUCAAUGUGGAGCUAUAUACAGAGAGCAUCAGUACCAGGUCAAUGUGCACCUAUAUACAGGGAGUACCAGUACCAGGUCAAUGUGCAGCUAUAUACAGGGAGAACCAGUACCAGAUCAAUGUGCAGCUACAUACAGAGAGCAUCAGUACCAGGUCAAUGUGCACCUAUAUACAGGGAGUACCAGUACCAGGUCAAUGUGCAGCUAUAUACAGGGAGUACCAGUACCAGAUCAAUGUGCAGCUACAUACAGAGAGAACCAGUACCAGAUCAAUGUGGAGCUAUAUACAGGGAGUACCAGUACCAGGUCAAUGUGCAGCUAUAUACAGGGAGAACCAGUACCAGAUCAAUGUGGAGGGGUAUGAGGUAUUUGAGGUAGAUAUGUACAUAAAGACAGGAUAAAGUGACUAUGCAUCAGGAUAGAUAAUAAUAAGUUAUUUGAGGUAGAUAUGUACAUAAAGACAGGGUAAAGUGACUAUGCAUCAGGAUAGAUAAUAAUAAGUUAUUUGAGGUAGAUAUGUACAUAAAGACAGGGUAAAGUGACUAGGCAUCAGGAUAGAUAAUAAUAAGUUAUUUGAGGUAGAUAUGUACAUAAAGACAGGGUAAAGUGACUAGGCAUCAGGAUAGAUAAUAAUACGUUAUUUGAGGUAGAUAUGUACAUAAAGACAGGGUAAAGUGACUAUGCAUCAGGAUAGAUAAUAAUAAGGUAUUUGAGGUAGAUAUGUACAUAAAGACAGGGUAAAGUGACUAUGCAUCAGGAUAGAUAAUAAUAAGGUAUUUGAGGUAGAUAUGUACAUAAAGACAGGGUAAAGUGACUAUGGCAUCAGGAUAGAUAAUAAUAAGGUAUUUGAGGUAGAUAUGUACAUAAAGACAGGGUAAAGUGACUAUGCAUCAGGAUAGAUAAUAAUAAGGUAUUUGAGGUAGAUAUGUACAUAAAGACAGGGUAAAGUGACUAUGCAUCAGGAUAGAUAAUAAUAAGGUAUUUGAGGUAGAUAUGUACAUAAAGACAGGGUAAAGUGACUAUGCAUCAGGAUAGAUAAUAAUAAGGUAUUUGAGGUAGAUAUGUACAUAAAGACAGGGUAAAGUGACUAUGCAUCAGGAUAGAUAAUAAUAAGGUAUUUGAGGUAGAUAUGUACAUAAAGACAGGGUAAAGUGACUAUGCAUCAGGAUAGAUAAUAAUAAGUAUUUGAGGUAGAUAUGUACAUAAAGACAGGGUAAAGUGACUAUGCAUCAGGAUAGAUAAUAAUAAGGUAUUUGAGGUAGAUAUGUACAUAAAGACAGGGUAAAGUGACUAGGCAACAGGAUAGAUAAUAAUAAGAUAUUUGAGGUAGAUAUGUACAUAAAGACAGGGUAAAGUGACUAUGCAUCAGGAUAGAUAAUAAUAAGGUAUUUGAGGUAGAUAUGUACAUAAAGACAGGGUAAAGUGACUAUGCAUCAGGAUAGAUAAUAAUAAGGUAUUUGAGGUAGAUAUGUACAUAAAGACAGGGUAAAGUGACUAUGCAUCAGGAUAGAUAAUAAUAAGGUAUUUGAGGGUAGAUAUGUACAUAAAGACAGGGUUAAAGUGACUAUGCAUCAGGAUAGAUAAUAAUAAGGUAUUUGAGGUAGAUAUGUACAUAAAGACAGGGUAAAGUGACUAUGCAUCAGGAUAGAUAAUAAUAAGGUAUUUGAGGUAGAUAUGUACAUAAAGACAGGGUAAAGUGACUAUGCAUCAGGAUAGAUAAUAAUAAGGUAUUUGAGGUAGAUAUGUACAUAAAGACAGGGUAAAGUGACUAGGCAACAGGAUAGAUAAUAAUAAGGUAUUUGAGGUAGAUAUGUACAUAAAGACAGGGUAAAGUGACUAGGCAUCAGGAUAGAUAAUAAUAAGGUAUUUGAGGUAGAUAUGUACAUGAAGACAGGGUAAAGUGACUAGGCAACAGGAUAGAUAAUAAUAAGGUAUUUGAGGUAGAUAUGUACAUAAAGACAGGGUAAAGUGACUAGGCAACAGGAUAGUAUAAUAAGGUUUUGGUUAGAUAUGUCCAUGAGCAGUGUCAAGUUGACUAGGCAUCAGAUAAUAUAAUAAGGUAUUUGAGGUAGAUAUGUACAUAAAGACAGGGUAAAGUGACUAGGCAACAGGAUAGAUAAUAAUAAGGUAUUUGAGGUAGAUAUGUACAUAAAGACAGGGUAAAGUGACUAGGCAUUAGGAUAGAUAAUAAUAAGGUAUUUGAGGUAGAUAUGUACAUAAAGACAGGGUAAAGUGACUAUGCAUCAGGAUAGAUAAUAAUAAGGUAUUUGAGGUAGAUAUGUACAUAAAGACAGGGUAAAGUGACUAGGCAACAGGAUAGAUAAUAAUAAGGUAUUUGAGGUAGAUAUGUACAUAAAGACAGGGUAAAGUGACUAGGCAUCAGGAUAGAUAAUAAUAAGAGUAAGAAUAAAGAGUAGUAGCGGCAUAUUAUGGGUGUGUGCGUGUUUGUGUGUGUGUGUUGUGUCAGUAUGUGUGUGUGUGUGUGUGUGUGUGCGUAUUUAGUGUAUGUGAAUGUGUUUGGGUUUUGCGUGAGAGUGUCAGUGUAGUGUGUAUGAGUGAAUGUGUAUGUAGUGUGUAUAUAUAAUCUUGUGAGUGUGCAUAGAGUCAGUGCAGAGUCAAUGCAGAUAGUCCGGGUAACCAUUUCAUUAACUAUUUAGCUGUCAAAUGGCUAUUUAGCAGUCUUAUGGCUUGGGGGUAGAAACUGUCUCGGAGCCUGUUGGUCCAAGAGCCGAUGCUCUGGUACCGUUUGCUGGACGGUAGCAGAGUGAACAGUCUCUCUUGGGUGGCUGAAGUCUUUGACAAUUCUUCAGACCUUCCUCUGUGACACAUCCUGAUAUAGAGGUCCUGGAUAUGAUUCACUACUCUUCAUUUCAUUGAAACAUUAGUCAGCCCAUCGUGUGUGUGUGUGUGUGUUUUUCCAGGGCCAGAAUGAUUUCCAGAAUGGUCUGGCUGUGGUGCGUAGCCCCCAGAGUGAGGCGGAGCAGCGUGAGAUAGAGAAUGAAUGCCUGGGCAUGGCUGUACUGGCCAUCACUCACUACGCUAUGACCAGAGAGAUUCCCCUGUCUACUGCCUCCAAUGAGAUCAGGUAGAGAUCUACACAGAUAUACACACACAACAUAGACACACACACAGCUAUACACACACUCACACACAACAUAGACACACACACAUAUAUACACACACUCACACACAACAUAGACACACACACAUAUAUACACACACUCACACACAACAUAGACACACACACAGAUAUACUGUAUAAUCUUUACACACAACAUAUACACACACACAUAUAUACUGUAUAAUCUCUACACACAACAUAGACACACACACAGAUAUACUGUAUAAUCUCUACACACAACAUAGACACACACACAUAUAUACACACACUCACACACAACAUAGACACACACACAGAUAUACUGUAUAAUCUCUACACACAACAUAGACACACACACCAAUAUACUGUAUAAUCUUUACACACAACAUAGACACACACACAGAUAUACUGUAUAAUCUUUACACACAACAUAGACACACACACAGUUAUACUGUAUAAUUUACACACAACAUAGACACCACACAGGUAUAUGUUAAUCUCACACACAACAUAGACACACCACACAGUAACUGUAUAACUUACACACAGAGGCACAAAGGAAAGGAGGACAAGCCCAAUCCGCCACGGCCGCCAGCGAGCGCCCCCGCACGAAGCCGCGUCCGCCCCGGGACACCCCGGGCCGCCCCAUACGCCGCGGGCCCCCCGCAGAACGCCCGCGGGCCGCCCGGCCGAAGCCCGGGGCCGCCCCGGGAAGACGCCCGGGGCCGCCCGGCACGACGCCCGCGGCGCCCGCAGACGCCCGGGGCCGCCCGGCAGACCCCGCGGGCCGCCCGGCAGACGCCGGGGCGCCGGAGACGCCCGGGGCCCCGGCAAGACGCCCGCGGCCCCGGCACGACGCCGCGGCCCCGGCAAGACCCCGCGGGCCCCCGGGACACGCCGGGUGGCGCCCGGCACUACUCCCUCUUCCUCCCUUCACGACUCCCUCUUUCCUCCCUUUCAAUACUCCCCUCUUGCCUCUCAAUUGGACUCCCUCUUCCUCCCUCACUACUCCCUCUCCUCCCUUCAAUACUCCCUCUUUCCUCCCUUCACUACUCCCUCUUUCCUCCCUUCAAUACUCCCUCUCUCCUCCAUCUCUACUCCCUCUCUCCUCCAUCUCUACUCCCUCUCUCUCCAGCUACAAGCGUUUCAUCCCGGAGAAACUGAACAGGCAAAUCAAGCAGCGCAACAUUCUCACCCGGCUCCGCAUCAACAACGUCUUCAAGAACUUCCUGAAUGAGUUCAACUGUCGCACUGUGCAGGACAGUAACAUCACACUGUACGACCUGAAGAUCAAGUACCUGUCCACCCUGGAAGGCCUGACCCGGGGCCUGGGGAGGGAGGUGCUGGAGCCCAGGGCCCUGGUAGUUACCCAGGAGGGAGAGACCAAUGGGUGGCUUAGCCACAGACCUGAGCCCUCCCUGGCCAUGGAGGUCCAGGUUACUGGCACCACAGGGAUAUCAUACAGGAGGAAGCCCCCUAAUGUGAGUGGUCACUGGGUCCUUUUUGAUGUUAAGGAGGUUGUGUGGGAUUUUAGUUGAGUUGGUGUGAGAUUUCUGGAGUGAGUUUGGAGGUUUUCAAAUGUUCUUGAGUGGUUUUGAGUGGGUGGAAUGUGGUAUUUGUGUGGGCGUGAUUUUGAGUUUGCUUGAGAAACGGUAUAUUACAGUGGGGGAAAAAAGUAUUUAGUCAGCCACCAAUUGUGCAAGUUCUCCCACUUAAAAAGAUGAGAGAGGCCUGUAAUUUUCAUCAUAGGUACACGUCAACUAUGACAGACAAAUUGAGAAAAGAAAUUCCAGAAAAUCACAUUGUAGGAUUUUUUAUGAAUUUAUUUGCAAAUUAUGGUGGAAAAUAAGUAUUUGGUCACCUACAAACAAGCAAGAUUUCUGGCUCUCACAGACCUGUAACUUCUUCUUUAAGAGGCUCCUCUGUCCUCCACUCGUUACCUGUAUUAAUGGCACCUGUUUGAACUUGUUAUCAGUAUAAAAGACACCUGUCCACAACCUCAAACAGUCACACUCCAAACUCCACCAUGGCCAAGACCAAAGAGCUGUCAAAGGACACCAGAAACAAAAUUGUAGACCUGCACCAGGCUGGGAAGACUGAAUCUGCAAUAGGUAAGCAGCUUGGUUUGAAGAAAUCAACUGUGGGAGCAAUUAUUAGGAAAUGGAAGACAUACAAGACCACUGAUAAUCUCCCUCGAUAUGGGGCUCCACACAAGAUCUCACCCCGUGAGGUCAAAAUGAUCACAAGAACGGUGAGCAGAAAUCCCAGAACCACACGGGGGGACCUAGUGAAUGACCUGCAGAGAGCUGGGACCAAAGUAACAAAGCCUACCAUCAGUAACACACUACGCCGCCAGGGACUCAAAUCCUGCAGUGCCAGACGUGUCCCCCUGCUUAAGCCAGUACAUGUCCAGGCCCGUCUGAAGUUUGCUAGAGUGCAUUUGGAUGAUCCAGAAGAGGAUUGGGAGAAUGUCAUAUGGUCAGAUGAAACCAAAAUAUAACUUUUUGGUAAAAACUCAACUCGUCGUGUUUGGAGGACAAAGAAUGCUGAGUUGCAUCCAAAGAACACCAUACCUACUGUGAAGCAUGGGGGUGGAAACAUCAUGCUUUGAGGCUGUUUUUCUGCAAAGGGACCAGGACGACUGAUCCGUGUAAAGGAAAGAAUGAAUGGGGCCAUGUAUCGUGAGAUUUUGAGUGAAAACCUCCUUCCAUCAGCAAGGGCAUUGAAGAUGAAACGUGGCUGGGUCUUUCAGCAUGACAAUGAUCCCAAACACACCGCCCGGGCAACGAAGGAGUGGCUUCGUAAGAAGCAUUUCAAGGUCCUGGAGUGGCCUAGCCAGUCUCCAGAUAUCAACCCCAUAGAAAAUCUUUGGAGGGAGUUAAAAUCCGUGUUGCCCAGCGACAGCCCCAAAACAUCACUGCUCUAGAGGAGAUCUGCAUGGAGGAAUGGGCCAAAAUACCAGCAACAGUGUGUGAAAACCUUGUGAAGACUUACAGAAAACGUUUGACCUGUGUCAUUGCCAACAAAGGGUAUAUAACAAAGUAUUGAGAAACUUUUGUUAUUGACCAAAUACUUAUUUUCCACCAUAAUUUGCAAAUAAAUUUAUUAUAAAUCCUACAAUGUGAUUUUCUGGAUUUUUUUUCCUCAUUUUGUCUGUCAUAGUUGACGUGUACCUAUGAUGAAAAUUACAGGCCUCUCUCAUCUUUUUAAGUGGGAGAACUUGCACAAUUGGUGGCUGACUAAAUACUUUUUUUCCCCACUGUAUCUCUGAAGUUGGAGUGAAUUUGGAAGGUAUUGAUGAAGUAUCUGAAUGUAUUUCUAAACUCAUCUAAGAGAAAUCUCUUUACAAUGUAUUUAUUAUUUCAUUGGCAAUAGAAUACCCUGACCCUGAAAGAGAAGAACAAGUCCAAAAAGAACAAGCUUGAGGGCAAACAGAACAAGCCCAAGAAGAAUGACGCCAGCGACAGCUGGGUUACAUUCUGUGACUUCCACGAGAUCACACACAUCGUCAUCAAAGAGUCCACAGUCACCAUCUUCAGACAGGAUAACAAGAAGAUGGUGAGAGACACACGCAUCUCUCCAAACACUACUUUAGCUCGGAUUAUGCAGGUGAUGUAGAUUAAGUAGUAACAGUAGCGUAUUAAUGAGUGAUUAAUGAACGUUGUCUCUACUGUACUGUCUCAGCUUCAGCCAGCCAGAGUUCAAAUGUCACCGGGCCUAACAGCCAGCCAACCUAGCCGAGGGACAAAUAAUCGGAUUAGUAGUCUGUGUUUAGAUUAGAUUAGAUUAGAUUAUCAUUAGACCUCUGUCCAGAAUAGAGCUAUGUACAGUGAGAAACGUGUACACUACCCGAGUGUGAACAAAACAGUACAAUAUGUUGGCCUAGCUCUGUGGGACUGAAAUGAUCACUAUGACUGCAUGGCAGGGCAUCACUGUGACUGCAUGGCAGGGCAUCACUGUGACUGCAUUCCAGGGCAUCACUGUGACUGCAUGGCAGGGCAUCACUGUGACUGCAUGCCAGGGCAUCACUGUGACUGCAUUCCAGGGCAUCACUGUGACUGCAUGGCAGGGCAUCACUGUGACUGCAUGCCAGGACAUCACUGUGACUGCAUGGCAGGGCAUCACUGUGACUGCAUGGCAGGGCAUCACUGUGACUGCAUGGCAGGGCAUCACUGUGACUGCAUGGCAGGGCAUCACUGUGACUGCAUGCCAGGGCAUCACUGUGACUGCAUUCCAGGGCAUCACUGUGACUGCAUGGCAGGGCAUCACUGUGACUGCAUGCCAGGGCAUCACUGUGACUGCAUGGCAGGGCAUCACUGUGACUGCAUGGCAGGGCAUCACUGUGACUGCAUGCCAGGGCAUCACUGUGACUGCAUUCCAGAGCAUCACUUUGACUGCAUGGCAGGGCAUCACUGUGACUGCAUGCCAGGGCAUCACUGUGACUGCAUGCCAGGGCAUCACUGUGACUGCAUUCCAGGGCAUCACUGUGACUGCAUGGCAGGGCAUCACUGUGACUGCAUGCCAGGGCAUCACUGUGACUGCAUGGCAGGGCAUCACUGUGACUGCAUGGCAGGGCAUCACUGUGACUGCAUGCCAGGGCAUCACUGUGACUGCAUGCCAGGGCAUCACUGUGACUGCAUGCCAGGGCAUCACUGUGACUGCAAGAGAAAGGCUACUGUUGCAUGUACAGUAGGUCUAGAUUAUUUAUGUGUUGAUCAGAAAUAUCAAAACAUUCUUUCAACAACUCUAAAGCAGUUGCCUUUCUAUGGCGCAGGAACCACUGACUCACUACCUUUUUCUAUAAUCAAGACACCUGCUGGUCAUUCUUAACUGGUUAGGACAGCUCAUGAGGUGUCCUAAAUAUCUGUCGACUAGGUGGGACUCUUAUGGCUACCCAUUUUUGUACCUAUAAGAGUCGGAGUAAAAUGGCUCUAGUCUCAGCACUUACAACCAGUUUCUACUGUGAGAUGCUUUGUGGAUACGGGCCCAGGACACUAAGGAAAGGAAACUUGUGGAGUGUUUUGGAACACAGACUAAGGCGUCAGCUAAUGGGGAUCUAAAUAAAGAAUCAAGAAUCAAAUGUAUUGAUUUAUAAAGUAUUUCUUACUAUUGUUUAAUUCUCCUAUUGUCCCACAGGAGGUGCAGCUGGAGUUUAAAGGGGAGGCGUUGGGGUUCGCUGCCCUGGUGGACGGGUACUUCCGUCUAACGGUAGAUGCCCACCACUACCUGUGUACAGAGGUGGCCCCUUCCUCUGUGGUGCAGAACCUACAGAACUGCUGUCAUGGACCUAUCUGGUCAGUACUCAGACACUCUCUCUCUCUCUGUCUCUCUCUCUCUCUCUCUCUCUCUCUCUCUCUCUCUCUCUCUCUCUCUCUCUCUCUCUGUGUGUCUCUCUGUCUCUCUCUCUCUCUGUCCAUCUCUCUCUCUCUGUCCGUCUCUCUCUCUCUCUGACUGUUUCUCUCUCUUUCUCUGACUGUUUCUCUCUCUCUCUCUGUCCGUCUCUCUCUCUCUGACUGUUUCUCUCUCUCUCUCUGACUGUUUCUCUCUCUCUCUCUCUGACUGUUUCUCUCUCUCUCUCUCUGACUGUUUCUCUCUCUCUCUGACUGUUUCUCUCUCUCUCUGACUUUCUCUCUCUCUCUGACUGUUUCUCUCUCUCUCUCUGACUGUUUCUCUCUCUCUCUCUCUGACUGUUUCUCUCUCUCUCUGACUGUUUCUCUCUCUCUCUGACUUUCUCUCUCUCUCUGACUGUUUCUCUCUCUCUGAAUGUUUCUCUCUCUCUCUCUCUCUGACUGUUUCUCUCUCUCUCUGACUGUUUCUCUCUCUCUCUCUCUCUGACUGUUUCUCUCUCUCAAUUCAAUUCAAUUCAAUUUCAAUUUAAGGGCUUUAUUGGCAUGGGAAACGUAUGUUAACAUUGCCAAAGCAAGUGAAGUAGAUAGUAAACAAAAGUGAAAUAAACAAUAAAUAUUAACAGGAAACAUUACACUCAGAAGUUCCAAAAUAAUAAAUACAUUUCAAAUGUCAUAUUAUGUAUAUAUACAGUGUUGUAACAAUGUGCAAAUAGUUAAAGUACAAAUGGGAAAAUAAAUAAACAUAAAUAUGGGUUGUAUUUACAAUGUUGUUUGUUCUUCACUGGUUGCCCUUUUCUUGUGCCAACAGGUCACAAAUAUUGCUGCUGUGAUUGCACACUGUGGUAUUUCACCCAGUAGAUAAGGGAGUUUAUUAAAAUUGGGUUUGUUUUCAAAUUCUUUGUGGAUCUCUGUAAUCUGAGGGAAAUAUGUGUCUCUAAUAUGGUCAUACAUUUGGCAAGAGGUUAGAAAGUGCAGCUCAGUUUCAACCUCAUUUUGUGGGCAGUGUGCACAUAGCCUGUCUUCUCUUGAGAGCCAGGUCUGCCUACGGCGGCCUUUCUCAAUAGCAAGGCUCUCUCUCUCGCAAUUCAAUUCAAUUCAACUCUCUCUCUCUCUGUCUCUCGCUGUAUCUCUCUGACUGUUUCUCUCUCUCUCUCUCGGACUAUUUCUCUCUCUGACUGUUUCUCUUUCUGACUGUUUCUCUCUCUCUGUCCGUCUGUCUCUCUCUGUCCGUCUGUCUCUCUCUGUCCGUCUGUCAGUCUCUCUCUGUCCGUCCGUCUGUCUCUCUCUCUCUCUCUGUCUCUCUCUCUCUCUCUCUCUCUCUCUUCUCUCUCUCUCUGUCUCUCUCUCUCUCUCUCUCUGUCUGUCUGUCUGUCUGUCUCUCUCUCUCUCUCUCUCUCUCUUUCUCCCUCUCUUUGUCUCUCUCUCUUUGUCUCUCUCUCUUUGUCUCUCUCUGUCCGUCUGUCAGUCUCUCUGUCCGUCCGUCUGUCUCUCUCUCUGUCUCUCUGUCUCUCUGUCUGUCUGUCUGUCUGUCUGUCUGUCUGUCUGUCUGUCUGUCUGUCUGUCUGUCUCUCUCUGUCUAUCUCUGUCUCUCUCUCUCUGUCUCUCUCUCUCUCUCUGACUGUUUCUCUCUCUCUCUCUCGCUGACUGUUUCUCUCUCUCUCUCUGACUGUUUCUCUCUCUGACUAUUUUUUUUUUCUCUCUCUCUCUCUGACUGUUUUUCUCUCUCUCUCUCUCUGACUGUUUCUCUCUCUUUCUCUGACUGUCUCUCUCAAUUCAAUUUCAAUUUAAGGGCUUUAUUGGCAUGGGAAACGUGUGUUAACAUUGCCAAAGCAAGUGAAGUAGAUAGUAAACAAAAGUGAAAUAAACAAUAAAUAUUAACAGGAAACAUUACACUCAGAAGUUCCAAAAUAAUAAAUACAUUUCAAAUGUCAUAUUAUGUAUAUAUACAGUGUUGUAACAAUGUGCAAAUAGUUAAAGUACAAAUGGGAAAAUAAAUAAACAUAAAUAUGGGUUGUAUUUACAAUGUUGUUUGUUCUUCACUGGUUGCCCUUUUCUUGUGCCAACAGGUCACAAAUAUUGCUGCUGUGAUUGCACACUGUGGUAUUUCACCCAGUAGAUAAGGGAGUUUAUUAAAAUUGGGUUUGUUUUCAAAUUCUUUGUGGAUCUCUGUAAUCUGAGGGAAAUAUGUGUCUCUAAUAUGGUCAUACAUUUGGCAAGAGGUUAGAAAGUGCAGCUCAGUUUCAACCUCAUUUUGUGGGCAGUGUGCACAUAGCCUGUCUUCUCUUGAGAGCCAGGUCUGCCUACGGCGGCCUUUCUCAAUAGCAAGGCUCUCUCUCUCGCAAUUCAAUUCAAUUCAACUCUCUCUCUCUCUGUCUCUCGCUGUAUCUCUCUGACUGUUUCUCUCUCUCUCUCUCGGACUAUUUCUCUCUCUGACUGUUUCUCUUUCUGACUGUUUCUCUCUCUCUGUCCGUCUGUCUCUCUCUGUCCGUCUGUCUCUCUCUGUCCGUCUGUCAGUCUCUCUCUGUCCGUCCGUCUGUCUCUCUCUCUCUCUCUGUCUCUCUCUCUCUCUCUCUCUAUCUCUUCUCUCUCUCUCUCUCUCUGUAUGUAUGUCUGUCUGUCUCUCUCUCUCUCUCUCUCUCUCUUUCUCCCUCUCUUUGUCUCUCUCUCUUUGUCUCUCUCUCUUUGUCUCUCUCUGUCCGUCUGUCAGUCUCUCUGUCCGUCCGUCUGUCUCUCUCUCUGUCUCUCUGUCUCUCUGUCUGUCUGUCUGUCUGUCUGUCUGUCUGUCUGUCUCUCUCUCUGUCUAUCUCUGUCUCUCUCUCUCUGUCUCUCUCUCUCUCUCUGACUGUUUCUCUCUCUCUCUCUCGCUGACUGUUUCUCUCUCUCUCUCUGACUGUUUCUCUCUCUGACUAUUUUUUUUUUUCUCUCUCUCUCUCUGACUGUUUUUCUCUCUCUCUCUCUCUGACUGUUUCUCUCUCUUUCUCUGACUGUCUCUCUCAAUUCAAUUUCAAUUUAAGGGCUUUAUUGGCAUGGGAAACGUGUGUUAACAUUGCCAAAGCAAGUGAAGUAGAUAGUAAACAAAAGUGAAAUAAACAAUAAAUAUUAACAGUAAACAUUACACUCAGAAGUUUCAAAAGAAUAAAGACAUUUCAAAUGUCAUAUUAUGUAUAUAUACAGUGUUGUAACAAUGUGCAAAUAGUUAAAGUACAAAUGGGAAAAUAAAUAAACAUAAAUAUGGGUUGUAUUUACAAUGUUGUUUGUUCUUCACUGGUUGCCCUUUUCUUGUGGCAACAGGUCACAAAUCUUGCAGCUGUGAUGGCACACUGUGGAUUUUCACCCAGUAGAUAAGGGAGUUUAUCAAAAUUGGGUUUGUUUUCAAAUUCUUUGUGGAUCGCUGUAAUCUGAGGGAAAUAUGUGUCUCUAAUAUGGUCAUACAUUUGGCAGGAGGUUAGGAAGUGCAGCUCAGUUUCCACCUCAUUUUGUGGGCAGUGUGCACAUAGCCUGUCUUCUCUUGAGAGCCAGGUCUGCCUACGGCGGCCUUUCUCAAUAGUCUGUACAUAGUCAAAGCUUUCCUUAAGUUUGGGUCAGCCACAGUGGUCAGGUAUUCUGCCACUGUGUACUCUCUGUUUAGGGCCAAAUAGCAUUCUAGUUUGCUCAGUUUUUUUGUUUGUUCUUUCCAAUGUGUCAAGUAAUUCUCUUUUUGUUUUCUCAUGAUUUGGUUGGGUCUAAUUGUGUUGUUGUUGUUGUUGUCCUGGGGCUGUGUGGGGUCUGUUUGUGUUUGUAAACAGAGCCCCAGGACAAGCUUACUUAGGGGACUCUUCUCCAAGUUCAUCUCUCUGUAGGUGAUGGCUUUGUUAUGGAAGGUUUGGGAAUCGCUUCCUUUUAAGUGGUUAUAGAAUUUAACGGCUCUUUUCUGGAUUUUGAUAAUUAGCGGGUAUUGGCCUAAUUCUGCUCUGCAUGCAUUAUUUGGUGUUUUACGUUGUACACGGAGGAUGUUUUUUUUUUUUUUUGUGAAUUCUUGGUUGGUGAGUGGACCCCAGACCUCAGAACCAUAAAGGGCAAUGGGUUCUAUAACUGAUUCAAGUAUUUUUAGCCAGAUCCUAAUUGGUAUGUCAAAUUUUAUGUUCCUUUUGAUGGCAUAGAAGGCCCUUCUUGCCUUGUCUCUCAGAUCGUUCACAGCUUUGUGGAAGUUACCUGUGGCGCUGAUGUUUAGGCCGAGGUAUGUAUCGUUUUUUGUGUGAUCUAGUGCAACGGUGUCUAGAUGGAAUUUGUAUUUGUGGUCCUGGCAACUGGACCUUUUUUGGAACACCAUUAUUUUUGUCUUACUGAGAUUUACUGUCAGGGCCCAGGUCUGACAGAAUCUGUGCAGAAGAUCUAGGUGCUGCUGUAGGCCCUCCUUGGUUGGUGACAGAAGCACCAGAUCAUCAGCAAACAGAAGACAUUUUACUUCAGAUUCUAGUAGGGUGAGGCCGGGUGCUGCAGACUGUUCUAGUGCCCUCGCCAAUUCGUUGAUAUAUAUGUUGAAGAGGGUGGGGCUUAAACUGCAUCCCUGUCUCACCCCACGGCCCUGUGGAAAGAAAUGUGUGUGUUUUUUGCCAAUUUUAACCGCACACUUGUUGUUUGUGUACAUGGAUUUUAUAAUGUCGUAUGUUUUUCCCCCAACCCCACUUUCCAUCAAUUUGAAUAGCAGACCCUCAUGCCAAAUUGAGUCAAAAGCUUUUUUGAAAUCAACAAAGCAUGAGAAGACUUUGUUUUGGUUUGUUUGUUUGUCAAUUAGGGUGUGCAGGGUGAAUACGUGGUCUGUCGUACGGUAAUUUGGUAAAAAGCCAAUUUGACAUUUGCUCAGUACAUUGUUUUCACUGAGGAAAUGAACUAGUCUGCUGUUAAUGAUAAUGCAGAGGAUUUUCCCAAGAUUGCUGUUGACGCAUAUCCCACGGUAGUUAUUGGGGUCAAAUUUGUCUCCACUUUUGUGGAUUGGGGUGAUCAGUCCUUGGUUCCAAAUAUUGGGGAAAAUAUCUCUCUCUCUCUGUCUCUGUCUCUCUCUCUCUCUCUCUCUCUCUCUCUCUCUCUCUCUGUCUCUCUGUCUCUCUGUCUCUGUCUCUGUCUCUCUCUGUCUCUGUCUCUGUCUCUCUCUCGGUCUCUCUCUCUCUCUCUCUCUCUCUCUCUCUCUCUCUCUCUCUCUCUGUCUCUCUGCUGUCUCUCUGUCUCUGUCUCUGUCUCUCUCUCUCUCUGUCUCUCUCUCUCUCUGUCUCUGUCUCUCUCCCUGUCUCUGUUUCUGUCUGUCUUUCUCUGUCUAUCUCUUUCUGGCUUUUGUUUUCUCUCUUCAUUCCCAUCUUUAUCUUCUAUCUCUCUACUACCUUUCUUCUUGUCCUUCUACCUUUCUCUAUCUGUUUCAUUUCUCUUAAUCUAGUGUUGAGUUUAGUGUUUUUGACUGUUGGUUCUGUUUGUCCCUCCUACAGUACGGAGUAUGCCAUCCAGAAGCUUCGUCAGGAGGGCAACGAGGAGGGAACCUACGUCCUGCGCUGGUCCUGUACUGACUACCAUUACAUCAUCAUGACCGUGGUCUGCAGCGAGGUAACACACACACACACACACACACACAAAUACACACUCUGAAAACUAGGGCUGGGACGAUACCAGUAUCACAAUACUCGUUAGUAUUGUGGCAAGGAAAUAUAAAACGAUGUGGAUUUAACUUCUUUAGGAAAAUGGCUCUAAUGUUGCAAACAAACAUCAUUAUGUUGUCAUCCAUAGUCACAUUUAUUUAUUUUCCAAGUUAUAGCACACAAUAUUUUACUAACAGCAGGUUCUUAAAGGACCAAAGUGUAUGGUCUGUUUCGUGUUUUCAUUUGUUGCCAUGGAAAAAAUAUUGCGAUACUGGUAUCGACACAGCCCUACUAAGAACACAAACAAUGUAUUUUUGCAGGCAGGGAGAGUGGGGUGGAAAUUACUGAAGUGGGCGACGUGGAACAAGUGGAGAAGUUCGAUAAAACGCCAAAGUUCAGAGUUCACAGAUCAUCACACAAGGAAGUGACUAGGAGCUGUCUUAUGAACAGUUAUAACUCAGAUGAUACCAAAACAUGACACACACACACACUCAUUGUUUGACUGUUUCGUUUUUAUCUGAUAAAGAGUACUGAGAACAAUAAUGAUGAUAUAAGAGCAAUAAGGAAGUCCUUUUCAGACAAUGUGUGGUUACUGUCAAAACAAGCACAUACCAGGUGACACACCAGAUCAGAGUACAUUUUGAGCGUAACCUGGUGGUCUGGUCUGGUGUAUGUAUCACAUUACAGUACCAUGGUAAGGUGAGAUGAACUCCAUUAGUAACACUGAAUGAGCAGCCUCAUAUGCAUGCAUGAGACAUGGUCAAACAUGGGCUCGCAGUGUGUGUGUGUGUGUGUGUGUGUGUGUGUGUGUGUGUGUGUGUGUGUGUGUGUGUGUGUGUAUGAGAGAGAGAAACAGAGUAUGUGAGUGUGUUCUUGUUUGGGGCAUCCAUUCUCAAUGAAAUGAAUUCAGUACCAGCUGAACUCUUGUGUGGUUGUUCUAACAUAUUUCCCUCUUUCACUACCAGCUGAACUCUUGUGUGGUUGUUCUAACAUAUUUCCCUCUUUCACUCCCUCUCUCCCUCAAAUUUUCUUCUCCUUUCUUUUGAUGCCUUCAAUCUGACCACUCGCCUCUCCUUAUGUCUCUCCCCCCUCUCCCUCUUCCCCUAUCUCCAUCCCUCCAUCCCCCUCUCUGUCUUCAGUUGGAUCUGUGUGAGUCGAGACAGGUGCGUCAGUAUAAGAACUUCCAGAUCGAGGUGGGUUCAGAGGGUUUCCGUCUCUACGGGACAGAGACCUACAGGUCAUCUCUCAGAGAGCUGCUAGAACACCUGUCUGGACAGAACCUCCGUACGGAUAACCUCCGCUUCCAGCUCAGCCGCUGCUGCCCCCCACAGCCCAGAGGUAGGGGGAGAGAGACACACACAUACAGUACACACACAAACACACACACCCACAUACACACACACACACACGUACACACACCUGCACGUACACUGUGUCUCAUACUAUUGGUCAGUAUGAAAGUCUCACUUCAGCUUUUAGUAUUUUUAUUUCAGCCCCUCAGAAUGUCACGCUGCCCUUUGUAUACAUGUCAAACACACACAAUCACACACAUUGGCUUAAACCCUCAGUGUGAUUUGGCUCUGGUCAGCUGAAAGGAUGUUCCUUUUAAAGCCUGUUUACACGAUGAGUUCUAGUUUCUCUUAGCGACACUGCCUCACCAUGGUAACCACUCGCUUAACCCUCUCAGUACCUCAGCUCUGUUUGUAGCUGUGUGCAUCCGUGUGUGGAUGUGGCUAUGUGUUUUUGCAAUUGUAUGUGUACACUGUAAAACCAAGUGUUUAGGAUCUGAACACAUAACUAAACACUUUCCUGUAACACUUUUUAAACGCGUUAAGGCAUUUAGAAUUUCAAUGAAAACGCGUCACAGUGUUACGAUUGUAAACACCAGAACAUGUUUAUUCGCUGUAACACUUUUUAAACACAUGGGCACAUUUAUUCAGCACAAGGCGUUUAGGUUUUAAACACUAACACUGGGGGUGUUGUUUUAACACUGUAGGGUGUAAAGCUGUAUUUGCAUAUUUCCCAGCAUGCCUUUUGAGUGAAUGUGAGUGAUAACCACCCAUGACUGUGUUUGUUAGUGACAGACAUGGUUGUUGCAUUCAAUAACUUAUAUUCCUCAAGCUUUCACCAAGUGACUGCCUAAGGGAAUGUGUUUCAAUUUAUAUUAAACCCUUUAUGACCACAUAUUAUACAUGUCAUAAGGCCUUUAGUUAUGGCCUAGUUAUUCUCGACAUUGUGGUCUGAAAAUCCUGGCUCAUGGGCGACAUCAGACCUGCAAGUCACAAUACGCUGGUUUGUGAAGUGAUUAGUAAUUCCUAUCGGAAUCCAGCCAGAUAGUAUUUUAUCACCCACAACCUGCACUCAGAAGGACUGCUAUGAUGAAGGACUUGACAAACAAGACUACCUAAACUGGAAAAACUAUCUCAGUAACGGGUGCAAUAAAUCCAACCCCUUACAGACUGUAUUAGUUUAGAAAAAUUUAAUUGAUUUAUCUUUGUGUAGUAUAAGAUCAAUUAAUUAAUCAAUGUGCAUGAGGAAACAUAGAUAUUAAAACAAACUAUUGUAAAAAAAAAAAAAAUCAACCUCCAACAAAGCAUGUUGGGAAAUAUGUUAACAGAAAUGAACUCAACACAGUUGAGUAACAAACAUUUAAAAGAUUUAUUGAAUCAAAUGUCCUGUUUAGUUGUGCUGAAAUGUAGGUAAGCUGACAGACAUUCCUAACACUGAUCUGAAUAAAAGGCAUGGAAAGUCACAUCAAUAUCGAAUGACUAAAUGCACUUUAAACAAGACGAUAGGAAAGGAAAAUCUGUCACGACCGUCUAUGAAGUAGGACCAAAGCGCAGCGUUGGUAGCGAACAUAUUGACUUUAAUGAAAUACACGAGAAUACAAAACAAAACACGAUCAUGAAGUCCUCAGUGACAACGACUGAACAUAGAACAAAAACCCACAAACACAAGGUGAAAACACACAGUUUAAAUAUGGCUCCCAAUCAGAGAUAACGAGCCGACAGCUGACACUCGUUACCUCCGAUUGGGAGUCAUUUGACCAAACACAACCAAUGACAAACCAACCAAACAAAACACAACCAAAACGAACACACCCUGGCUCAAAAUACAAAGUCCCGGAGCCAGAGCGUGACAGUACCCCCCCCUAAAGGCGCGGACUGCGACCGCGCCUCAAAACCCCAAAACAGGGGAGGGCUGGGUGGGCAUUACUCCUCGGAGGCGGCUCCGGUUCCGGGCUUGACCCCCACCCUUCUUCAAUCCCCCCGUAGCGCCCCCGGUCCGAUCUGACCCAGCUGGUAGGAUCUGGACUGACGACGCGCACCCCUGGCUUGGCGCGUGAGGCAGGAACGGACCGGACCUGGCUGACGAUACGCACCCUAGGCUUGAUGCGUGGAGCCGGAACGGGCCUCACCAAGCUGACGACUCGCAUCCCUGGCUUGGUGCGAGUAGCAGGAAUGGGCUGGAUCAGGCUGACGGCUCGCACCCUUGGCUUGGUGCGAGUAGCAGGGACGAGCUGAACCCGGCUGACGACUCGCACCCUUGGCUUGGUGCGAGUAGCAGGAACGGGCUGGACCAGGCUGACGACUCACAUCCCUGGUUUGGUGCGAGUAGCAGGAACGGGCUGAACCAGGCUGACGACUCGCACCGUAGGUUUGGUGCGAGUGGCAGGAACAGGCCGGGUCGGCCUGGCGACGCACACCGUAGGCUUUGCGCGUGGAACAGGAACAGGCCGGGCUGGGCUGGCGACGCACACCGUAGGCUUUGCGCGUGGAACAGGAACAGGCCGGGCUGGGCUGGCGACGCACACCGUAGGCUUAGUGCGAGGAGCAGGAACAGGCCGGGCUGGGCUGGCGACGCGCACCACAGACUCGGUGCGGAGCGCAGGAACGGGCCGGGCUGGGCUGUCGACGCACACCGUAGGUUUGGAGCGGGGAGCAGGAAUAGACCGGACCGUACUGGGGACACACACCACUGGCUCUACACCGGGAUCUGGAACGGGCCGGACCGGACUGGCAACACCCGCCAGUACCUCUCGCCGUGCCUCUACGCCUUCCAUCCCCUCUUCUACCAGUGGCCCCCGUAACCUGGCGGCCUCCUCUGCGACCCCGCUGGACCGCUCCAUAGCGGCCUCCUGCUGCCCCGAUGUCGUGAGCCCCCCCCUAAAAAUUUUCUGGGGUUCUCUCCUCCCCGUGGACCAGGCCUCUAUAGUCCUCUCCCAACCUUCGCUCUUCUGUCUCCACCACUCGUCAUCCAACUCCUGGAAACGCUGCUUGGUCUCGUUGUGGUGGGUUUUUCUGUCACGACCGUCUAUGAAGUAGGACCAAAGCGCAGCGUUGGUAGCGAACAUAUUGACUUUAAUGAAAUACACGAGAAUACAAAACAAAACACGAUCAUGAAGUCCUCAGUGACAACGACUGAACAUAGAACAAAAACCCACAAACACAAGGUGAAAACACACAGUUUAAAUAUGGCUCCCAAUCAGAGAUAACGAGCCGACAGCUGACACUCGUUACCUCCGAUUGGGAGUCAUUUGACCAAACACAACCAAUGACAAACCAACCAAACAAAACACAACCAAAACGAACACACCCUGGCUCAAAAUACAAAGUCCCGGAGCCAGAGCGUGACAAAAUCUGAACACUUAGGAGAUAUAGCUGUUCUCCUGGUUGGAAACUGAAAGAAAAAAGCUGACUAACAUGUUUAAUCUUGCAUUGUAAAUGCCGUUUUUUUGGUUUGUUUAGGUUAUAAACUUGUCAAAUGUUUUCAUUGUUUUACAGUGCGUGGGUGCGUGUGUGUGGGUGUAAGAUGGAGGGAAGGAGGGACAGUAUCUAUGUGUGGGUGUUUUUGCAAUUGUAUGUGUCUGUGUGCGUGCAUGUACUGUGUGUCUGUGUGCGUGCAUGUACUGUGUGUCUGUGAGCACCCUGUCCUGUUUAUCCUCUCUCUCUCUCUGUGUGUGUGUGUGUGUGUGUGUGUGUGUGUGUGUGUGUGUGUGUGUGUGCGUCAGGAGAAGGAAGACGGAGUAAUACUGUGGUUUCCACAGCACAGCUCUCCUCUGUUUACAGCAGACAGGUGUGGGAGGUGGAAGCGUGUGUUUUUAUUAGGGGUGUAAUGGUAGGGGUGUUCGGUACGGGGACCUCGGUUCGGUCUGCACUGUGAACCCGAAUGAAUACACCUAUAAACAUGCACCUGCGUAGAUCUAGGCACAUAAACAGUGUAGAGGCCUUAAGCAAACCAAAGCCGAAGUUGAGGGGCCUUUGUGAGUCAAAUCUGCAGUAAAACUGGUUUAGUUUAUUUGGCAGUGAGGGGUCGUUUGCCGUCGGGGGAGCUUUUAGUUUGUAGUUGGUCAUUUGUUUUAGUCCUUUCCAGACAGACGAGCAGUCGUUGCUGGAGAACUGCUGCUCUAGCCUGAGUUUGUACCUCUGUUUGGCUGCCUUAAUUCCUGAGUGUAGCUUUUUCUUGGCAAUCUAUUAAUGUGGUUUUGAACUUGUUUACAAGCAUAAUAGUUGUACUUUUAAUUUAUGGUUGACACAGCUUGAUGGCCAUUAGUCAAUCAACGUUUCUCAACGAGUUCAAAUCACAUGAAUGAAUCCAACUGGUAUUUACGACUUCACAACUGGUACAUUCCCACCUCCCACAUGGUUAUAAACGCAGCAUCAGAGUGGAAACUUGAGAGGCCCAACAUAACAAUCCAGUCAGAACAGACAAUGCAAGGAACAUUGAGAAUGCUGAACAUUGUAAAUUACAAUUCAUUUUCCCACUGUACCGAACCGAACCCUGACCCCAAAACCGCAAUACGUACUGUACUGUGAUUUUGUGAACUGUUAGGAGAACUGUUACACCCCUAGUUUUUAUGUUGUUGUGUGUGUGCGUCUGUUCACAUUUUCGGUUUUACUAUCCUUAUGGGGACCAGAAGUCCUCACAAGGAUGGUAAAACAAGGAAUAUUCACACAAGUGCUGACAUUUCGCCGGUCCCCACAAGGAAAAAGGCAAUUUUAGGCUUAGCGGCUAGGGUUAGGGUUAGAAUUGGGGUUAGGAGUUAGGUUAGGGUUUGGGGUUAGGGUUAGGGUUAGGGUUAAAGUUGGGGUUAGGGAAAAUAGGAUUUUGAAUGGGAAUCAAUUGUUUGGUCCCCACAAGGAUAGUAAAACAAACAUAUGUGUGUGUGUUGACAACCACAGAGAGUUGUUAUUGUCAGAACAUCACUUCCUCCUCUCCACCCAGCCACACCUGCGGGGGCGUUCAAACUCCACACACGCACCUACGUGCAUAUACUCAUCUGUACUACUCACAUACAUUUAUGCUUACGCAAGCAGACACACUUGUUGUUUUCAAGCCGAACACCAGCCCCCCCCCUUUGUUCAUUCUUUACCAACUGAUAGGGAGACUGGUGUCUGUGUUGCAGAAGCCUGGGUGGUGUUCAUUAGGCACCAAAACUGAAAACUUUUAAAGGUUCAAUGCAGUUGUUUUUAUCUCCAAAAAUUAAGUACCUUAUUGUGAUUGUUUAAAAAAAAAAGACACAAAAAAUAGCUUCUUAGCAAAUAGCAAUUUCUCAGGCAAGAAUUUUGCUAGGACUGUCUGGGAGUGGUCUGAAUGGGGAGGGGAAAACUGAACAUUUACUGUUGUUGGCAGAGCGGUUUGGAACUCUCUUUGUUAUUGAUCUAUUAACUAAAGGGACAUUUCUAUUUUUUUCAACUACAUAUUCAUUAUCUCUAGCACCACCCCAACAUCAACAUAUGUGUAAUGGCGCAUUUCUAUGUUUUGUAGAAAAAAAAGAUAGAGGAAGAUAAGUGUUUCCAAUGACAUCAUUAAGCAAUUAGUAGACAAUUGGUAGGCAAUGCCUCCUCAUAAUUUGUUAAAAUCACAUGAUGCACACCGAUGAUGUCAUUGGAAACACUUCCUCUAUCUUUUUUUACUACAAAACAUAGAAACGCACCAUUUUCACAUACACUACAUGACCAAAAGUAUGUGGACACCUGCUGAACAUCUCAUUCCAAAAUCAACAUGACUGGUCUGCACAGAGCCCUGACUGGAACUCGGUACUGAGUGUUGCAACCGAGGACAGACGAUUUUUACGCGCUAUGCACUUCAGCACUCGGCGGUCCCGUUCUGUGAGCUUGUGUGGCUUACUACUUCACGGCUGAGCCGUUGUUGUUCCUAGACAUUUCCACUUCACAAUAACAGCACUUACAGUUGACAGGGGCAGCUCUAGCAGGGCAGAAAUGUGUCGAACUGACUUGUUGGAAAGGUGGCAUCCUGUGACGGUGCCACGUUGAAAGUCACUGAGCUCUUCAGUAAGGCCAUUCUACUGCCAAUGUUUGUCUAUGGAGAUUGCAUGGCUGUGUGCUCGAUUUUAUAUACCUGUCAGCAACGGGUGUGGCUGAAAUAGCCAAAUCCACUAAUUUGAAGGGGUGUCCACAUACACUAUACACUAUAUAUACAAAAGUAUGUUGAUGUUGGGUUGGUUCUGGAGAUGAUGAAUAUGAAGUUUGUCAGAAGGUGUGCUGUGAAGGUGUGGUGCAGGAAUCAAGCGCAGGACGCAGGAACUUAGUCCAAUAGACUUUAGUGAACCAAAACUCAAAACGAGUCAAAAGAGCUUGGAUACGAGCGAUUACGCACACAGGCGUAAAAUCAAACAAAAUAACAAAAACGCACAAACACGUGCGAGAACCUCUCCAACACAGAGGAGAGAACGAAGCACAGACAUACACGACAGCAAGUUCAAUCACACACAACACAUGACAAACACAACGAGAACUUAUAGGACAAUAAUGAACGCUAAACGAUAACAGGUGUACAACAUCAAGACAAAACCAAACGAACAUCGAAACAUACAACGGUGGCAGCUAGUACUCCGGAGACGACGACCGCCGAAGCCUGCCCGAGCAAGGAAGAGAGGCAGCCUCGGCCGAAACCGUGACAAAGUUGAAAAUGUUUUCCCUUUAACUCAUUUACCACACGGCAAUGUCACCAUGGAAGGCCAAAACUCCAUCCCACCAAAACAGACAUUUCAGGAGGUCUUUUCAAACAGCUCUUAAAAGGGUAUUAUCCUAAUUUUCACAAUUUCACAGUAUUUUUACAACCUCAUAGUGUGGAAAUAUAUAUAAAACACAGGAAAAUCGUUUUGGACUGCACUGGGCAUUGAAAAUGUUUUUCAUGUUGUUGCAUGCCCUGAUGAAUGUAACCCUGGUGUGUGUUGCACUGGCUAAUGUGGAGUGUGUGUGUGUGUGUGUGUGUUGCACUGGCUAAUAUGGGAUGUAUGUGUGUGUGUGUGUGUUGCACUGGCUAAUAUGGGAUGUAUGUGUGUGUGUUUCAGAGGUGUCCAACCUGCUGGUGGUAACUAAGGACAGAGUGCUGAUCCCCCAGACACCCCUGCAGGAGAGUCAACUCAGCUUCCACAGGAUCCUCAAGGAGGAGAUCAUACAGGUGCAGUAUCACACAUACUCUACACACACUGCUACACACACUGCUACACACACUCUACACACACUCUACACACACUGCUACACACACUGCUACACACACUCUACACACACUUCUACACACACUCUACACACACUCUACACACACUGCUACACACACUGCUACACACACUGCUACACACACUGCUACACACACUGCUACACACACUACACACACUCUACACACACUGCUACACACACUCUACACACACUACACACACUGCUACACACACUCCACACACACACACUGCUACACAUAAUCUACACACACUCUACAUACACUCUACACACACUGCUACACACACUCUACACACACUGCUACACACACUCUACACACACUACACACACUGCUACACACACUGCUACAUACACUCUACACACACACACUCUACACACACUCUACACACACUCCACACACACACACUGCUACACAUACUCUACACACACUCUACAUACACUCUACACACACUGCUACACACACUCUACACACACUACACACACUGCUACACACACUGCUACAUACACUCUACACACACACACUCUACACACACUCUACACACACUCUACACACACUACACACACUGCUACACACACUGCUACAUACACUCUACACACACACACUCUACACACACUCUACACACACUCUACACACACUCCACACACACUCUACACACACUCUACACACACACACACUGCUACACACUGCUACACACACUGCUACACACAUUCUGCUACACACACUGCUACACAAACUCUACACACACACUCUACACAAACACACACUCUGCUACACACACUGCUACACACACAAACAGUACCCUUCCAGUACCUCUCAGUCACAUCCAUCCAUCCAUCGGCUGAAAGAGACUUUGUCAAUCUUUUCUUUUCAAGCCACAAUCUUUACUUUUCUAAAACACUUUCUAGUGUUUUCUUACUGGUGCUUGUCACCAGUGUGUAUUUAUGAUGUGUGUAUCUGUUCCUCCUGUCUCUAUCAGGGAGAGCACCUGGGUCUGGGUACCCGGACCAACAUCUAUGCUGGAGUACUGAAGGUGAAGAGUGAGGAGGAUGCAGGAUACUAUUCCUCUCAGGAGCUCAAAGUAGUUCUGAAGGUGUUGGGGUCUGGACACAGAGACAUCUCCCUGGUAAGACACACUUACACUAUCUACAUCAUGGGAUUCUUUUAAGGACUCCCUCAAGAAGAGUGAAGAAGGCACAGUGAUGCCGAAACGUUGGUGUUUUACCCAAUAAAGGACUGGGAGUUUAUAUAUGGAGUGUGGACUCUCUUUAUUUGUUUUUAUAGCUUACAGUUUACUUGUCGUUAGUCAGCACCUCUACACUAAGUGAUGUUCUCUGGGUGUGCUCUAGCUCAUGCUUUUUAUUAGACUGUGUCAGUAUUUUGCCACGUUCCAUAUUAGCUAACUCUGACUCUCUCUCCCCCUCUCUCUCCCUCUCUUUUCUCUCUCUCUCCUGUCUCUUCUUAUGUCUCUCGCUCUCUCUCUCUCUCUCCUGUCUCUACCUAUGUCUCUCGCUCUCUCUCUCUCUCUCUCUCUCUCUCUCUCUCUCCUUUUCUUCCCUCUUUCCUCCUCUCUCUCAAUCUCCUCUCUACCAACGCUUCACUCCAUCUCUCUCAUCUCUCAUCAAUCUCAUCGUCAAUCAUCGGGAGUCAAUGCGUCUGCGUCAAUCUGCUACUCUCUCUCUCUACCUCUCCUUUUUUUUGCUCUCUCAGGACAUCAUUCUCUCCUGUCCCUCUAUUUUUCUCUGUCUCUCCCCAGGCCUUCUUUGAGACAGCCAGUAUGAUGCGGCAGGUCUCCCAUAAGCACAUCGCCCUGCUCUAUGGAGUCUGUGUACGCCACCUUGAGAGUGAGUGUACGCACGCACACGCACACACACACACACACACACACACACACACACACACACACCACACACACACCAUACACACACACACACACACACUCACACGCUCGACACACACCACACACACACACACACCACACACGCAUACACCACCACACACACACACGCCACACCCCACACACACACACACACACACAACACACACACACACACAGUAUCCUACAUGACCCCUCUAAACUUCUCUUCAUUGAUUAGUGUAAGCAGUGUUCAUACAGGACAUAUACUACAGUAUUUCAGUAGCAGAUCAGGAGAUAUGAUAGGACUUGCCAUUAUUUGCAAAUAAUGAAUUCCCCAUGAGCUGUUGACUCAGUAUUGAAUAGUACGUUGACAUAGGCUGAAUCUCAAACCGACCACCUCGAGCACCUCGAGCACUCGAUAAAGGACUUAUGGGCCAAGCGUUGGGUUUGAGAUUCAGCUACAGUGAGGGAAAAAAGUAUUUGAUCACCUGCUGAUUUUGUACGUUUGCCCACUGACAAAGACAUGAUCAGUCUAUGCAUGUGUGCACAUGUUAUGUGUGUGUGGGCGUAUGUAGUGUGUGUGUGUGUGUUUGUUGGGGUGUCAGUGUAUGUAUGUGUGAGUGUCUGGGUAGAGUCCAGUUUGUGUGCAUAGAGUCAGUGCAAGAGAGUUAGUGCAAAAAAGGGUCAAUGCAGGUAGCCAUUUGAUUAACUAUUUAGCAGUCUGGUUUAGCAGUCUUAGGGCUUGGGGGUAGAAGCUGUUCAGGGUCCUGUUGGUUCCAGACUGGUGCAUUGGUAACGCUUGCCAUGCGGUAGCAGAGAGAACAGUAUGGCUUGAGUGGCUGGAGUCUUUGACAAUUUUUUGGGCCUUCCUAUGACACCGACUGAUAGAGAUGUCCUGGAUGGCAGGGAGCUCGGCCCCAGUGAUGUACUGGGCUGUACUCACCACUCUCUGUAGCGCCUUGCGUUCGGGUGCCUUGCAGUUGCCGUACCAAGCGGUGAUGCAACCAGUCAAGAUGCUCUCAAUGGUGCAGCUGUAUAUUUUUAGGCUGCCUCAUCGUUGUCAGUGAUGAGUCCUACCACCGCCGUGUCGUCAGCAAACUUGAUAAAGGUGUUGGAGGCGUGCGUGGCCUUGAAGUCGUGCGUGAACAGGGAGUACGGGAAGGGACUAAGCACACACCCCUGAGGGGCCCCUGUGUUGAUGGUCAACAUGGUGGAUGUGUUAUUACCUACCCUAACUGCCUGGGGGUGGCCCGUCAGGAAGUCCAGGAUCCAUUUGCAGAGGGAGGUGUUCAGUCCCAGGGUCCUGAGAGCAGUAUGGUGUUGAAUGCUGAGCUGUAGUCAAUUAACAGCAUUCAUACAUACUGUAGGUACAGUACAUUCAGAAAGUAUUCAGACCCCUUCACUUUUUCCACAUUUUGUUACGUUACAGCCUUAUUCUAAAAUUGAUUAAAUAAAUGUUUUUCCUCAUCAAUCUACACACAAUACUCCAUAAUGACAAAGCGGAAAACAGGUUUUUAGUCAUUUUUGCAAAUAUAUUAAAUAAAAAACAGAAAUACCUUAUUUACAUAAGUAUUCAGACCCUUUGCUAUGAGACUCAACAUUGAGCUCAGGUGCAUCCUGUUUCCCUUGAUCAUCCUACAUUCAAUUGAUUGGACAUGAUUUGGAAAGGCAUACACCUGUCUAUAUAAGGUCCCACAGUUGACGGUGCAUGUCAGAGCAAAAACCAAGCCAUGAGGUUGAAGGAAUUGUCCGUAGAGCUCUGAGACAGGAUUGUGUCAAGGCACAGAUCUGGGGAAGGGUACCAAAAAAUGUCUGCAGCAUUGAAGGUCCCCAAGAACACAGUGGCCUCCAUCAUUCUUAAAUGGAAGAAGUUUGGAACCACCAAGACUUCCUAGAGCUGGCCGCCCAGCAAAACUGAGCAAUCCGGAGAGAAGGGCCUUGGUCAGGAAGGUGACCAAAAGUUCCUCUGUGGAGAUGGGAGAAACUUCCAGAAGGACAGCCAUGUCUGCAGCACUCCUUUAUGGUAGAGUGGCCAGACAGAAGCCACUCCUCAGUAAAAGGCACAUGACAGCCCGCUUGGAGUUUGCCAAAAGGCACCUAAAGGACUCUCAGACCAUGAGAAACAAGAUUCUCUGGUCUGAUGAAACCAAGAUUGAACUCUUUGGCCUGAAUGCCAAGCGUCACGUCUGGAGGAAACCUGGCACCAUCCCUACAGUGAAGCACGGUGGUGGCAGCAUCAUGCUGUGGGAAUGUUUUUCAGCUGCAGGGACUGGGAGACUAUUCAGGGUCGAGGGUAAGAUGAACGGAGCAAAGUACAGAGAGAUCCUUUAUGAAAACCUGCUCCAGAGCACUCAGGACCUCAGACUGGGGCGACGGUUCACCUUCCAACAGGACAACGACCCUAAGCACACAGCCAAGACAACGCAGGAGUGACUUCGGGACAAGUCUCUGAAUGUCCUUGAGUGGCCCAGCCAGGUCCCGGUCUUGAACCCGAUCUAACAUCUCUGGAGAGAUCUGAAAAUAGCUUGAGAGGAUCUGCAGAGACGAAUGGGAGAAACUCCCCAAAUACAGGUGUGCCAAGCUUGAAGCAUCAUAUCCAAGAAGACUCACAGCUGUAAUCGCUGCCAAAGGUGCUUCAACAAAGUACUGAGUAAAUGGUCUGAAUACUUAUGUAAUGUGAUAUUAAAGUUUUUUUUAAAUAUAUAUUUGCACACAAAAAAUAAAACCAGUUUUUGCUUUGUCAUCAUGGGGUAUUGUGUGUAGAUUGAUAAGGAGAAAAAAACUGUUAAUCCAUUUUAGAAUAAGGCUGUAAUGUAGCAAAAUGUGGAAAAAGUCAAGGGGUCUGAAUACUUUCCGAAUGUACUGUAUUCCCUUUGUUCAGGUGGGUGAGGGCAGUGUGGAGUGCAAUAGAGAUUGCGUCAUCUGUGGAUCUGUUGGGGUGGUAUGCAAAUUGGAGUUUGUCCAGGGUGUCUGGGAUGAUGGUGUUUCAUGGCUAUAGAUGUGAGUGAUACAGGGAAAUGGUCAUUUAGGCAGGUUACUUUGGCGUUCUUGAGUACAGGGACUAUGGUGGUCUGCUUGAAACAAGUUGGUAUUACAGACUGGGUCAGGGAUAGGUUGAAAAUGUCAGUGAAGACACUUGCCAGCUGGUCAGCGCAUGCUCUGAGUACGCGUCCUGGUUUUCUGUCUGGCCCCGCGGCCUUGAGAAUGUUUAAAGGUCUUACUCACAUCGGGUACGGAGAGCGAGACCACACAGUCGUCCAGAACAGCUGGUGCUCUCAUGCAUGGUUUAGUGUUGCUUGCCUCGAAGUGUGUGUGUACAUGUGUAUUGACUAUCUAGCACAGGAGGUUGGUGGCACCUUAACUGGGCUUGUGGUAAUGGCUGGAGCGGAAUGGGUGGAAUGGUAUCAAAUACACACAUGGUUUCCAUGCGUUUGAUGCCAUUUCAUUCGCUCCGUUCCAGCCAUUAUGAUGAGCCGUCCUUCUCUCCGCAGCCUCCACUGCUAUCCAUGUCUCUCUCUCUCUCCCAGAUAUCAUGGUGGAGGAGUUUGUCCAGUUAGGUCCAUUGGAUCUGUUCAUGCGGAGACAACACAGUCCUCUCAGUACACCAUGGAAGUUCCAGGUGGCCAAACAACUGGCCAGCGCUCUCAGCUACCUGGUAAGAAACACACACUCUGAAAUGUCUUCAGUUAUGGUAAGCCUAAAUAAGUUCAGGAGUAAGAAUUUGCUUAACAAGUCACAUAAUAAGUUGCAUGGACUCUGUUUGCAAUAAUAGUGUAUAACAUAAUUUUUUUAUGACUACCUCAUCUCUGUACCCCACACAUACAAUUAUCUGUAAGGUCCCUCAGUCAAGUUGUGAAUUUCAAACACAGAUUCAACCACAAAAAACAGGGAGGUUUUCCAAUGCCUCGCAAAGAAGGGCACCUAUUGGUAGACAUUGAAAAAAAGCAGACAUUGAAUAUUGGAUGGUGUAGGAAACCCCCCAAAAAAAAAAAUUUUCCCCCAAAAAAAGGGGGGAAGGGGGGGCCCCCCCAAGGGGUUUGGGGGGUUGAAAAAUUUAAGGGAAAAAAAAAAAAAAAAAAAAAAAAAAAAAGGGGAAAAAAAAAAAAAGGCCCCAAUUUGGCCCAAAUAAAAAAAAGGGGGAAAAAAAUUUUUUAAAAAAAAAAAACAACCCUUUGGUUUAAUUUAAAAAAAGAAAAAACCCCAAAAUUUUUUGGGGUUUUUUGGGAAAAAAAAAUUUUUUAAAAAAACCAAAAUUUUUGGGGGGGGGCCCGGUUCCCUUUUUUCCAAAAAACUUUUUUCCCCCGGGGGAAAAAAAAAAUUUUUUUUUGGGUUUUAAAAAAAAAAUUAAAUUUUUGGGGAAAAAAAAAAGGGGGAAAAAACCAAAAAUUUUUGGGAAAAAAAAAAAAAAAAUUUUACAAAAAAAAUUUUUAAAGGGAAAAAAUUUUUAAAAAAAAAAUUUUUUUUGGGGGGGGGAAAAAAAACCCCCCAAAAAAAAAAUUUUUAAAAAAAAAAAUUUAAAACCGGGGGUUAAAAAAAAAGGGUAAAAUUUUUUUUUUUUUUAAAAAAAAAAAAAUUUUUUUUGGGGGGGAAAAAAAAAAAAAAAAAAAAGGGGGGAAGGGGGGGUUUUUUUGGGGAAAAAAAAAAAAAAAAAAAUUUUUCCCCUUUUUUAAAAAAAAAAAAAGGGGGGGGGGCCCCCCCCCCCCCUUUUUUGGGGCCCCCCUUUUUUCCCCCCCCCUUUUUUUUCCCCCCCCUUUUUUUUUUUUCCCCCCCCCCCUUUCCCCUUUUUUUUUCCCCCUUUUUCCCCCCCUUUUUUUUUUCCCCCCCCCCCCUUUUUUUUUUUUUUUCCCCUUUCCCCCCCCUUUUUUUUCCCCCCCCUUUUUUUUUUUGGGGUUUUUUCCUUUCCCCUUUUUUGGGGUUUGGCCCCCCCCUUUUUUUUUUUUUUUUCCCCCCCCCCUUUUUUUUUUUUUUUUUGGGGGGGUUUUUUUUUUUCCCCCCUUUCCCCCCCCUUUUUUUUUUGGGAAAAAAAGGGAAAACCCCCUUUUGUUCCCCCCCUAGGGGGGUUUUUUUUUUUUAAAAAACCUUUAAAAACCCCCCCCUUUAAAAAGGUUUGGGAAAGGGAAAUUUUAAAAACAAAAAAAACCGGAAAAAAAAAUUUUUUUUUUUAAUUUCAACCAAACAAUUUGACCAGAGCUUGAAGAAUUUUUUUAAAAGAAUAUGGGAAAAUUGUUUACAAUCCGGGGGUGGGCAAAGUUCUUCAAAAUUUCCCCCAGAAAAAACUCCCCAGCUUUAAUCGCUCCCAAAAAAAUGUUCAAAACAUGCUUGACUCGGGGGUUGAUAUUUAAAAAUCAAGAUAUUUUUAGGUUUUUUAAUUUUUUCAAUUUGACAUAAGAGUAUUUUUGUUUUUAGAUCUUUCAAAAAAUGACAAUUAAAUAACCAACAAAAUGUGGAAAAGGUAAGGGGUGGAAAACACUUUUAAAGGCCUGAAAACUGCCACCCACACACACAAUAGCAGGGGUUUGGGAAAAGGGAUUGUAUCGUACCUGACUGCCCCUUGCAGGGGGGCUUUUUUUUUUUUUUUUUUCCCUUUUUUCCCUUUUAUUUUUUUUUUUCCUUUUAUCUUUAUUUUUUCUUUUUCCUUUUUUUUCUUCUCCCCCUUCCUCUCUCUUCUCUUUUCCUCCCCCUUUUUCCCCCUCUCCCCCUCUUUUUCUUCUCUUGUUCUUCCUGUUUUUCUCGUCUUGUUCUGGGGUUUCCGUCCUUGUCGUUCUCCUCUUCUUUUCCUCUCUCUCUCUCUCUUCUCUUGUCCUCUGGUAUGUCUUUUCUUUUCGCUGUCUCUCUGCUGUCUCUUGUCUCUCUCUCUGUUGCUGUUUUUUUCCUGUGUGUGUCUUUUGUGUAGGAGGAUAAGAAGCUAGUUCGGGCUUUGUGUGUACCAAAAACACCCCUGCUAGCCAGAGCGGAGUGGACUGGGGAGGACCCUUCAUCAAACUCAGGACCUGGCAUCCCCUUUACGUGUUGCCCAGAGAGGGUAAGAUUCUUUGAAUCUUUUUGUUGGAAGUUAUGAAUGAGUGCAAGGGAAAACCUCAUUUACAUUACUUUUGAGUUAUUUUUCAGAGCAAUUUAUCUUAUUUUGCAGAUGUGUAGGGAUCCACUUUAAGCUCUGAAAGGACAAGGGCCCAAUUUGAGAUCGUAGAAAUAUGAACCUUGUAGAAUUAAAAUGUACAGUAUGUUGAGUUCUGAAAGGUUUGUGGCCCAGGAGAAUAUCUUCACAGUGUUAUUAGGUGAGGUUUUGUCUGGGAAGUGUUGUUUUUGGGAACAAGAUAUUCUUUAUUUUUUUUUUAUUUUACGGGCAUGGGGGGCGGGGAUUCCGUCAACUGUAAGUUUAAGUGAGGGUUUUGUGGGAAGGGAUUGGGCCCCAGGCCCAGAUAAAAUGGGUGGCCCGGGGCCAUAGAGGGAGGCGCAGAGCCUUUUACUAGAGGGGCGAGAGGGGGUUGAGAUGGGGGCAGUGGGAGGGGGGUUUUAGAGAUGGAGACAUCAGAGAGAGGGGGUUAAAAUGGAGAAGUGGGAGAGAGGGUUGAAGGGAGAAGUGGGGAGAGGGGGUUUAAAGGAUGGAGACAGUGGGAGAGGGGUUAGAGAGGGACAGUCAAAAAGGGGGGGGUUUUUAGAUGGAGACAGUGGGAGAGAGGGU